GCGCCGAUAUCCAGGAAGCUCGUGAGGCGGUUGGUCGUUAGUCUUUCUCUCGAAGCCUCCGUUUCCCCGUCGACGUUUUUCCCUCUCUUUUUAUUCGUUUAAACUUUUUGGGACUUCUCCCCACUCACAUCCUCGCCUUAUUGGGAGGGGUCCGGUUUCGGGCGCGGAUUUCUUGUGAGGAGGCAGCCCCCCCCCCAACACCCCCUACCCAGGUAAGAGGUGAGGCUACGGCGGUUUGCGCGUGCGCGUUUGCGGCGUUAACGGUUCCGAUGGCAGGGUCGCGAGUUCGAAUCCCACCCUGGGCGGAGCCGUUGAUUUACGUUUUUUUAAAAACUGGGGUUGGGGGGAGAGACGGGACACCCACCUGUCACCAUUCUCUGUCGGAUUCUCUCUAGCUAGAUUCAGAGCGAAAUGUCCCAACGACAGCUGUUUCAAAUCGGUUUUCCUUUUUUCCUGGUCAUCAUUUUUAUUAAAUUUUCCAGUUUUACAUUUCCAAAUAACAAACUUUGAAAUGAUCCAAUGGCUUCCCUUCUUCUCUCUCCAUUUUACAUGUCAUAUACGUGUGUUUUUACCAUAACCAUUCAAAUCAGUUUUCCACUUUUACAGCCAUCAAAGAUCGAAUUUAUCUCAAUGCUGUCAACGUUUUCAGCUGUGUACAGUUGUUUUUCACGUAUUCAAUAAAUGUUUCCCAGUCUUCUUUAAAUGUAUGUUAAAUGGCUUUCUUUUGACGCCAAGUGCUCAGAAAAAUCUCAGAAUUUCUACUUUUAGUUAAGUAUUUUUAUUUAUCUACUUCAUUUGGGGGGGGGAGCUAAACUCCCCCCGCCCCCUGGCUACACACAUGAAUCCCACCCCAAGAAUUUGACCGCUGUUGUUGUUGUUAUACAUUUAUUUAUACCCUGCCUUUGCCCCCCAACAGAGACUCCAGGCGGUUUACUAAGAACUUUUGCUUCUCAAUAUUCUCUGGUUGGCCUCUGUUAUUUUCUCCUAUGGAUAGAAAACCUACAUAAGGACUCUAUACGGGCACUUGGAUACCCAUAAGGGAUAAAGGAGCAUUUUUUUUCUUAUAACAAACUAUAAAACAUAGCAUCAGUCACUUAGUUCUAGGAACGUUUAAUAGCUAUAAAGCAGAGAAAUUGUCACUUUAAACAAUUAAACAUUAAUAGAAAUAAAGCUGUCUGUCCGUGAUCUGUGAAAAACAUGCUUCCACAAUAAAAACAACGCACCUCACCUUCAGCCUGGCCCUACUCUACAGGGUUGUCGUAAGGACAAUGCGAUGGGUAGAAGUGGUGGUGGGAAGGGAUGCAUGCAGCUUUGUGAGGAAAGGUGGGGGUGUAAGGAUGAUAAGUGAAUAUUUCGCCCCAAGAUGGUGCUUCUCCAAAGGGGAAAGGCGAGAUCUUUAGUUAGCUUUCCCUUUGAGGAUGCCUUAAAAGUCCUCCUUUCCCCACCUGUCAUUUCCUCCUUUCCACUUCAUGUAUUUUCUGCCCUACCUGCACCCCCCCCCCCCCAGUUCUCAUCCUACUGCUCAAAAGUUGGUCCUGUUUUCUGCUGUUCUGGAUCUUCUCUCUUUUCUUCCUUUGCUUCUCCCCUGGCCCAAACCAUCCCAGUGUGAAGAUGACGGAUUUGAUGACUCUUUCAAGUCUUAUUGUCACCUCAAAUAAUGGGCCUUUCAUUGUUGCUGGGUUUUAAAAACAAACAAGUCACAAACAGGUAGGAAAAGUCACAUAAGUAUCAAAUAGAUGAUGGUAGCCCAGCAUGAUUACUAUUUUUUAAGAAAAUACACAAGGUUACAGUCAUUACUGUGCAAAGGCUUCAUAAUAAACAAUAAAGAAUAGCUGAUUGUCAACAAGGCUAUUUGGAUGACCCGAGAGAGUCUCUGUAACAGCAAACUGAAUUCAGCUUCACAAAAUCUUCUCUGAUGUUGCCUCAAAUAACGGAACUUGCUUCUCUUUGGAUGGUGGCAAAAGGGGACCCCUUCCCCAACUUCAGGUAUUUUUGUUUGGGGGAGAAUAGAUCUGUUCCUGUCUUGUUGUCUCAUUCUCUUCCACUAUCCCCCAACGUUAUUCAUUUUAAAAUGGUUUACUUUAAUUGUUCAUGACAGAAGAAACAGCCUGUUGAAUUAGACCAAUAUUUCAUCAUAUUUCAUCUCCCUACAGCACCCUGUAUCCAACAAUGGUCAUUUAGUUGUCUCCGGAGAGCUCAUAAUGCGGGGCAGAAAGGCAACAGGCCUCCUUUGUUGUUGUUUUCCCUACAUCUGGUAUUGAGUUAUUAUCCUGCCUUUGCACAUGAAGGUUCUGCCUGGUCCUCGUGGUUAAUGGAUCUUUUUCUGAAAAGGCUAUUUAGGUUUGGCAGUUUUCAGGAGUAUGAGGGUUAAGAAGGAAUUGAACCAUCUUUUUUUCCUUGAUUAGCAGAGGGGGAAAGAGAAAAGAAGAUGGGGAAAGCUAAAAUGAUGAAGCAUUCACAAAUCCCUUGUGUUUAGGGGCAAUAUAGACUAGUUCAAUAUUCUGGGCAUGGAUGAGGUGUACUAUUUCUUAUUUCUAGGAAGGGAGCAGAAUGCUCUACUAGAGUGGUCUGAAGAGCAAAACAAGUUUGUCACGACCUAUGCAGGGGUUAAACACAAACUUUCCCAUGAAAGUUUUUGGGGAAGAGUUGGAUGCCACCCAUCCACUUUGAAUCCAACUUGUUCUUUUUGUGGGUAAGAUGAAAUUUAAAAAAAUACACUCCAGAUCUUCAAUUCCAGAGGUGUAGCUGUUAGUCUGCUACAGCACACAUAAAAACAACAUGUGGCAUACGUUUUCAUGGACUUGAGCUCACUUUCUCAGUUGAAGUCAGCUCUGGUCCACAAAAAUGUAUGCAUCUGGUAGUCUUUAACAUCUGGUAGUCUUUAAAGUGCCAUGGGAUUUUUAAAAUCACAAUUUUGAAUAGUUCUAAUGCCAUUCCCUUGUAAUUAUUUGUUAGAUUCUUAUUAUUUUUAUUAAAUGAGACUCUGCUUUCCCACUGCAACAUGGCUACCUCUCUAGAAAUUUACUAGUGCAUGUGGUUUGUUUGUUUUUAAUUGAUGUGGUGAGGAAAGUGGUUACUGCCUGAAGUAGAGUAACAUAUUUGUUGAUGAAAGCAUACAUAGACUCUCAAGUGCUAGAAAUGGCUGCUUGUCUGAUGGAUGUUGGCAAGUUUUCAUAAAAUGGGAUGUUAGGGUGACUGGGGCUACCAUGCAAAGCACAUUAAGUUGGAAUCAACAAGUAUUUUCAAGUCUAAACAUGUUCUUUUCUGGGAAAGUGUAUAACAACCAAAUAUAUAUACAACUACCCAUGAGUUUCCAAGGGCAGCAGCUUGGAAAACAGUGAUGCCUGCUCUUAUUCCUGGCACUGUAGGCAUACAGUAGGCUGACUAGGCAGAUGUUCUUUGUUGUAAAAUGGAAUGGUGUUUUUUUAGAAUGGAAUCUUAUCAGUUAGUGGUGUGGAGGUGGAUAGGAAGAGAGGAAGUGUUUCCCUUUAGAGAAAAGGGUAAAGAAAAUGUCUUGCAUCCUGGAGCUCUCCUUCUAGUGGCACUCCAGUUUUAUGGAGAUCCUUGGUGUAGGGCUCCUAACAUUUGCAUGUAAAGAGAACAAAGACCUGGUAUUCUACUGGUUUGGAAAGGACCUCUACAGGAAAGGAAAUUCUAGCAGUUUGCGUUUUGACAUCAAAUGUUCUUCCUUGGAAAACAGUAGAAACAGCUGGAAACCUCUAGAAGUUAGCCAAUUGGGCUGGACUUGGAAGAGGGAAACAAGUUGUCACUUUGUAGGGAGGUGGAGGCAGACACUGAAAUUAGAACUGGCAAGUUGCAAACCUUUAUAAGCAGAACUGCAAAAAGUUGCAGCAGACUGUUAUUUCUUCAAUUUCAUUGGCUCCUUUGCUGCUGUUGUAGUUUACUAUUGACUGCUUGCUUUAGGAGUUAUGCCCAGAUCGUCAAAUCAAAGAAAAACACAAAAAAUGAAUGCAUAAUUAUAGCACCCCUUAAACUCUGCCAGUGUUACCCUGUCUUCCUGUUUCCCUUUUCUAUAAAAAGCCGUGUAAAGAAAUGCUCCUGUUUCUACUAGACUAUGGGGUGGCAUUCUUAAGCAUUGUGAAAUCUUUUUUUAAAAAAAUAAUAAUUCCAAAAUGAGGUCCUCCAGUUGCAGUCAGAUGCAGAAUGGUGGCCAAUGGAGUCUGUGUGGUUAGCAUAGAAUCAAAGAAUACAGGGAUCCAUUUCUGGCAGCAAAACUGAGCCCACAGUCUGUCACAGAAUUCCGCUUCUGGUUUUCCCCACCUCCCAAUCUUUCGUAAUCUCAGCAGCUGUUGCUUGGCCCUGUACUAGACUUCAAUGAGGAAAAGAAAUUAAAGCCUGUACUUUUAAACUGCUUUUGUGAUUUGAAAGCUUAUUGCGGGUUUUUAUAUUGGUUAACAAGAGUUUGCAUAUAUGACUCAUAGGCAGGUUUCUACUGAUCAUGAUCACAGGAGUUUUGCUAUAAAUAGCAACCAACUCCGAUAAAAAUCAUCCCAUAUAUUAAGAACUUCUUCUGAGGCCUUACUUCAUGUGACACCACCUUUAGCUCAAAUGGAAGAGCAGAAUCUGGCUUCAUUCUCAAAAAUAUACAUUAUUAGGUUUUACGGGGGCAGUAAAAAACCUUCAUUUUUGCUAAGGUGAUCUUGAUUUGAUUAACUAACUGGCUGCUCCUUUUGUAUGUUAGUGUUGAUAUGCAUUUAUCUUUAACCAUUUUAAUAGAACAGUUUUUAAUAGUGCCAGCCAUCAUGGAGAUCUUCCUUGGGUAAAACAGUGGGGUACAAAUAUUUUAAAGGUAGUGCCUUGGGAUAUCUAUGCAGGAGCAGUAACCAACCCCAUCAAGCUGUCUCAUCUGCAAGGCUGACAUGGGGAUCACAACCUGAUUGAUCCUUUAGGAGGCAAAGGGGGUCUGAAGCAGCCAGCAGUGGGUGUUGGGGGGGGGACACUUUUGGGUCCUUACCUUGAAGAAUUUUUCUGGUACUGAGGAAGUGCCUUGGGGUUCUCUCCAGCAGCAGUGCAAGUGCAGCCAUAAGUGCACACUUGAGAACUGAGUAAUGGGUGAUGUGGAAAAAUCAAUACAGUACUCAGGAGGACUGCAUCCAUAAGCUUUAGGAGGUUUGCUAACUUGAUUGGUGGAAAAGCGAAUUUCUGCUCCCUCUACUGGUAGCUCUUAUAUAGUUAUAUGUAUAGGAAGAGUGAAUGCUGAAGCAAGGUCUUGUAUUUAAAGGUGAACAAAAGAAAAAGUUUGUAGACAAUGAUUAAUUACAGUGAGUAAAGAUACUUUGUGUGAGCACAAUUCUUCUGUAAUCAAAUGAAGUGUCUAUAUGGUAUGCAUCUUUUCUACCCAGUUGGGGAAAAAACAUUACAACUAUUUCUAAUUGGUGCUGCUCAACUGAAACUUCUACUUACUACUCACUGACAUAAUUGAUUUUACUGCUGUUGAACUCACUGAUAAUUACUAUAUCUGUUAAAUUUAUUAUAACAAACUAUUCUUUUCAAUGUUAUGACUACUAAUCAACAAUAAUAUUUUUUCCUGCAAUUGAAUUUAUUGUUAUUAUUGACUCCGCUAUUGACCUUACUACUGCAUAAUUUACCACUACUACUGAUGCAGAUUUUUAUGACUGCUGACUGAUUUAUUUAUUUAACAAUUUAUUUAUUUAUUUAGCAAUUUAUAUACUGCUUGGUUGUAAGAAAACCUCUAAGCAGUUUCUGACUUGGCUGUUAUGGACCCAUUCAGUGUAUUAAUGCUUAAUCAGUAUUAUUAUUGAUUUUGUGGGCAUCCCAUUGGCAUCUGAUUGGCCACUAUGAGAACAGGAUGCCGGACUAGAUGGGCCUUUAACCCGAUGCAGUCCGAUGUUCUUCUUACAAUGUUGUUAAUUUGCUUGGAUUAAGGAAUUAGAUAAGCAGUUAUUUAGGCACAACGUAUUAGUAAUUGAAUCUUUUUUAAAAUUAUUUGUCCAGUUUGGUUCAUGAUCAGCUAUGUAGUUUUACUUAACAUAGAAUGUCUACUAUAGCAGAUAAACCUAGACUCUUCAACAGGUAAAAUAAAUUACAAUAUCAAAAUGGGUUGGGGAAGCUGGAACCAUUAUAAAGACGUUGCAGGAGUAUAGGGUUGAAUUCAGACACAGUGAACUCAACAGAACUUAGUUAUGGCUAAUGUAAGUCCCACUGAUUUCAGUGGGUCUUUUCAAAGUACAGUAUGACUUAAGCCACUUCUACACAUGUUAUUUUUCAGGUUUAGACUUUUGCAGUAAGGAAAUUGAUAGAGAAAUGCACUGAUAACUGUGAGGUAACAAUUGCUGCAUGUGACAUCAUGUGACCUCACCACAAACAAACCAGAAUGAAUGGUGAAUAAACAACAGGUGUUGUAUAACCUUACCACAAACUUUGUGCAAACAGAUUGGGAUUACUGAUCAAUAAAUGCGGCAUUUGGGAACAGCCUAGCUCUGGAUUCAACUGAGAGCUACUAAUUAUUGAGGAUUUGCUGCUGAAGAUGUUUGGGCUAUAUUUUCAAAUGAAUGUUUGCAGGGGAAAAUAAAGGUAAAGGAACGGGAAAAUUAUGAGAAGUGUGUCAGAAGAAAAGUUAAAACAAAAUGAGGAAAACAGAAAAUGCAGGGAGAAAAAUAAGAAAUGAGGGAAGAUAAUCUGUUUAGUUAAAAUGGUUAAAGGGUUUGAGUCAAAGGUGGUGAAUUACAAACUAAGCUAUAGGAUUAUGAGAAAGUGAGAUACUGUGAAGGAUUUUGGACAAAAAUGAAAGUUGCAUUACAGUAAAGUUAGGGCUGAGCCACAGUUACAAAGAGAUGAUGUAGUGAGAUUGAAGACAAGAGUAAAUAAUGUCAUUUUGUAGUUAGAAAAGCAAGUAGAAAGUUGAGAGGUCUCCUGAAAGUCAAGAUUUUUAUAGAGCAUUUUUAGACAGCUUUUUUUCCCCUUGGUGUGCUGUUGAAACUGAAAAAGUAUUAGGAUUCCACAAGUAUUCACAGUGAAAGAAAAUGCCUAGAGAUACCAUUGACAUUUUUCAGUGCUAGGGCAGCAGCCUUCCCUGACAGAUGUCAUCCAGAUGUUUUGGACUACAGCUCCCAUCAGCCCUGACCAUCAGCUAUGUUGGCCGAGCCUGAUGGAGUUGUAGAUAAGAACAUCUGGAGGGUGCCAGGUUAUGAGAGGCUGCGUCAAGGUGAAAGGUCCUUUUAAUGGAUUGUUUUUAAUUAGCCACUGGGGAGAUCUGCCUUGACUAGAAAAGCAAAAUAUAAAUACAGAAUUGCUAAUUGACAAGGAAAUAUAUUUCUUUUGAAUGCCAUGCUUGUGGCCAGCAGCUGUUAGACACGGAAUGUUGUACUAAAUGGACUAUUGUCUAAUCCACAAAGGUAGUUCUUGAGCUAUGUCUAAUCAUAAUUUAUAGGGGGGAAAGAGUGGGUGCUUUUAUUUUGCAAGCUUUUGUGCUUGCAAAUCUUAUAGCAGCAGCAUGCUAGCAGAACUGACAGCUGCAGUGUUUUGCACAAUGUUUAUAGUUUUACCUGAAACUGAUUGGGGCUGAUUAAAGGAGACAAGCAAGAACCUUUUAAUGGAACUUGUUAGGGGGCAGUCCUAAAGAUCCACCAGGAUGAGCAAGUUAGGAUGUAGCACCUUUCUGGCUGAGUCCCCAGCUGUGGCUCAGCUGAAGAUACACCAGAGCAACUUAGCCAGGGGUGUUGAAGCUGUUUGAACUGAUACUUGUGUAAAUCUUCAAAAGCAGACAUGGUGAGGACUUCUGACUAAGCAGGGGGAAGUUAAGGUGGAUCCUAGUUCUGUUCACAUGUCCUGGCAAACUGGCAGAAUUUGCACCAUCAAAAAGGGUAAUGCAAGUCAAACUAUAUUUUAAAGUCUUGUUCUCCCUCUGCUAGGCUUGGGCUGGCUCAGCUAGCAGUAGAUUUGCUCCUGAAUGGAGUUUAACUUUAUAUAAAUUCUUUGGAUGGUGAUAAUAAAUUUAAGAGUUCCAGAAGCAAAAUUGAAACCAGUUACAAACUCAUUGGGCAAGUCUUUUCUUCUCAAUCUCUGGCCCAUAGCUACAUAUGGCUACAAUAUUACUGGCUUAACCGCCAUGCUGAGGUGUCAUAAUGUGGUAUUUCUGCCGCUGUAGAUGUCAUAAACAGCAAUUGUGAAGCGCAGUGGUCAUGAUUAACAUAGACUCCAAUUCUGGGAUAUACGUGUUUGAGGUUAGAACCUUUGCUAUCAAAGUACAAUGCAGUCUAGUUUCAAGAGAAGAAAAGUGCUUUCUUUCACUGACCUUGGAGAUGUGAAAGACCAUUGUGGCCAGACCUCAUUAACAUAUAAAUUAUUACUGUCUAGCAGCCUUAAUCUUAGCAUAUUUAUAUACUGCGUGCAGUAAGCCAAACUUCCUGAUAAGCGUAUUGUGACAUUUCUGGGAUCCCCCAUAAGAAGAGCUUGUCUCGCAGUGGUUACCAAGGUUAGUCUCUCUGCAGCUAUGCUGAGUCCAGCCAGCUGGCACUACCUUCUGACUUGUAGAGAGCAGUGAGAUUCUCCAUUUAUAUUCUUACUCAAGUACAUCUGUACAAGACACAUGGGUGAGAUAAAUUUAUCACAAAAUCCUACCAGAAUGCAACACAAUACAGUACAAUUAAAAUAUUAGCUUAUAUUUACUUAAGAACAUAAUGUUCAGAAGUGGUCAUUUUAUUCAGAAGUCUUGAGUUAUGAUUUACUGACCUUUCAUAAUUGCUAUUCCAACUCUUACAUAUGAUUUCAUUAUUAUUCCCAUUUCAUCCCCCCUUUCCCUCUCUUUCCUUUGCAACUACAACUCUCCCAUUUUCCAAGCAACAUUCCUUACCAGUUGUUUGCUCUAACUGCCCAAUAUUCCACCCCACUCCCCUACUGUCAAUCAUUCUUCCACUUGCACUUCUGUCACAGUUUGUAAUAGGAUGAAUUGUUUGGUGGACUGGCUAAGUUUAGGUAUGCUAAAUGCUGCUGUGUACAUCUAGGUCAUGUUUACAAAAGUGGGGUAUUGAGAAGAGGAGUGAUGGGGCUGGGCUUGUAAUAGAUAAAGUAAACUCCUGAUGUAAUAUUGCUGCUAAGAGGAUUUUGAUGUUUCAGCAGGCAAAUGCAAAUCUUCUAAAAUGGUUGAAUUGGAGAGAAAACAUUCAGAUUGCCAAGUGUAUUUCCCUGGAUUAUUUCAGAAUGUUUGUCACACAAGAUGAUUCCUAAUCAUUGCAGAGCUGGCCAGCUCCAUGCGGAAGCAUUGACCAGUUGAGAAGCACACUUUUGCACAGUUGCCAUCAUGCUAAAGGUGCAAAAUGGAUCCUGAUAACUGCCAGGAUGGGUCCAUUGUUUAAUAAGCAAGUAGGAUAACAAGUAGCAUUUUCUGGAAAUGUUUGCAUAAGCUAAGAAGCGCUUUGUAUGUUAACUUUUGGUUUGUUGGAAGUUUACUCAUUCAGGCAGAAAAUCAAUAUAUAAACUAUGGGCAAGAAGAUGAAUCAAUAGCCUUGUUUUCUUCAGCUGGAUUUUCCCCCCAGUUGACUCCAGUUGCACUUGCAUGUUUCGGAGGGUGAAAUGAGAAGUUAUGAAAAGCCACAUGACUGCCACCAAAAACAGUGUGUUUCUGCCACUCAUGUCUGGCUUUCUUUCUGCUCCUCCAUGACAUAAUCUAAUGAAAUGUGUGGUGGGAUAUGAUAGCAUGGGUUCCCCUGCUCCACAUCACUGGUAGACAUGGAGAAAGAAAUGUGAUUUGUUUUUUGGCAGCUUGGAAGGGUAUUGGAUACGUGGAGAGUGUUGUUCAACAUCUAAGUUACACUCCCUGAGUUCAUUCCAAGCACAGUUUCUUUAAGCCAGCAUUUCUAUGGCAGUUCUUGCACUAAUUUGUGACUACAGAAUUUAAAGCUAAGGUAGGAAGCACAAGCACAGUUGUUCCUUGAAACUUUGUUUAGCCUAGACUCACUGUGUAGUAUAAAAUCAAUUAUAGAGGGCAUAUGAUAAUGUAAAGACUGAAUUGGAUUUUUGGUGGGUCGUGGUUAAUGCUUUCACACGUUGGAUGUAUAGUGUUUGUCAUGCAAUUUCUGCCAGGUUUAGCUGUGCCUGCAAACUGAGGCUUGUUGGAAUCAAGCUGAGCACUUUAUUUUCCAGGUUACAGGGAUAAAAUUGAAUUUUAAUACUUACACAUGAAGGAGCAUCUCCACCCCCUUCGUUUAGCCUGGACACUGAGGUCCAGCACUGAGGGCCUCCUGGCGGUUCCCUCCCUGUGAGAACCAAGCGAGAACCAGGCAAAGGACCUUUUCGGUAGUGGCACCUGCCCUGUCAAAUGCCCUCCCAUCAGGUGUCAAAAAAUAAACAACUAUCUGACAUUUAGAAGACAUCUGAAGGCAGCCCUGUUUAGGGAAGUUUUUAAUGAUUGAUGUUUUAAUGUAUUUUUACGCUUUUGUUAGAAGCCGUGCAUAGUGGCUGGGGAACCCAGCCAGAUGGGCGGGGUAUAAUUAAUUAAUUAAUUAAUUAAUUAAUUGCUUGUAAGAUGGAGGAAACCUUAAAAGCAUUCAGAUAUUUUUGCAAUUAUUCUUGAAGGGAUAGCUCACAAAGCAAAGGGAAACUGAGUUAAAUCACCUUAGUUCUUGGAUACCUUGAAGGUGUUCAUUAUAGAAGGUCUAAACUGUUGACAGAGAAUGUGUUGGUUGUAGCAAAACUUGUUCUGGCCAGCUAUUGAGAAGCAGCUGAUACACUUAAAAUGAUAGAUAUGACCAUUGAGACCAAAUGGUGAAUCAGACAAAAGGCCUAUCUUGUUUACCCACAACCAGAUGUCUGAGGGGAAGCUCAGGGACAGGACAUGAGGGCAAUAACAUUAUUGUGCUGUUCCCCAGCAACUGGUACUUAGAAACAUUCUGUGUCUGAUCCUAGAGGUAGCAUAUAGUGACCAUGAAUUGUAUUCAUUCCUAGUCUUAUCCUCCAUAAAUUAGUCUAAUCCUCUUAGAGCUAUCAAAUUAAUUGGUGAAAGUUAUAGAUGUAGGUAGUAAAAGGUGGGUAGAUGAAUGAACAUAGAAAUUGAUAUGGGAACAAGAGUGACUUCUUACAGAAAUGGCAUGGGGGUUUUUUGUUCAUUGGAAUAUUCAUCAAGAAAAAGAGACUGGGUUUACCUUCUUAUGUGAUUCUAUAGAUUUGGCAUACUUUUCAACUGUAUAGGUCAAUUAUUUCUUGUCUUUAUGGAUGCACAUUUGCUUGUUUUUAUGUUCUGUUUUCUUUCUUUUCCGUCAGUGUAUUUUUUUAAAAAACAACAACCAAUGAUGUACAACCUUGAAAUAAUUGCAGUACUGGGAAAAAUAGCUUUAUAACUUGUUGGGUAGAAAUUUAUUUGGAGACAUAUUUUUUAAAGAGAUGAAAGUGAUUUGAGAUAUUUUGCUUCUCACGGUGUGCCUCUGCUCAGAGAUGGUUUUUAUUCUUUCAGAGGUGAAAGUGGAUGUGUACACAUUUCAAGCAGCAAUUUUGUUUUCAAACCAUAUUCAACUCUCUUUAAAAAAAACCUAGCCCUUCUUCUUUCUUUCAUUAGGACUACUACCUUUGGGGAUGGAAAUAAUACAGUGGUACCUUGGGUUAAGUACUUAAUUCGUUCCAGAGGUCCGUUCUUAACCUGAAACUGUUCUUAACCUGAAGCACCACUUUAGCUAAUGGGGCCUCCUGCUGCCGCUGCGCUGCCGGAGCAUGAUUUCUGUUAUCAUCCUGAAGCAAAGUUCUUAACCCGAGGUAAUAUUUCUGGGUUAGCGGAGUCUGUAACCUGAAGCAUAUGUAACCCGAGGUACCACUGUACUGCCUGGGAUGCUGAAAAGCAGAAAAAGCAACUUUGUUGGGUGGGUGGAUGGUCCCUUGCAAGCAACCUAAAGAAAUACGAUGGUACCUCUAGUUGUGGACACAAUCCAUUCUGGGUGCUGUUCGCACCCUGAAAAGUUGCAACUAGAGUGGCACUUCUGUGCAAGCACACAGAAUGCUUCUGUACUUGGGCGCACGGGGAAACCCAGAAGUAUACACUUCCGGGUUUGCCAUGUUCACAAGCCAAAAAGAUAGAUGCAAGAUGAACCUAAAGCAACACGAGGUAUGACUGUAUUUCUAAGAAUUCUGGCCAGUAACAAUGUAGAAAGUAGUGAAGGCAAGCACAAACCAAAGUAAAAUAAGAUGUCCCCUGAUAUUAGCAGUAACAAAGUCCCAAAGAGCAUCGUUGAACAAUAAACUGAAAGGGAAGAGGUGAAGGGGGUUGGCUCACAAGAACUGUGACGAAGUUCAAGGUUCUUGGAGAUAGUAAAGGUAUUUACUCUGGCAAAGCAAAGUUAGCAAUGUGGUAUGUGAGUUUUCAGGUUAGGGAAUUCUUGGGCAUAGUUGUUUUUUUAAAAAAAUACUGAACAGAGAACUUGUUUUUAGACUUGGGUAUGAUAAUCAAAAGUUUUAAAAAUAAAUUUGCAGGUAGAGGAUAUUUCUCCAAGCAGAUACCUGUUGGUAACUGGAUUAUGACUUUUGUGGUGGUGGUCCCAGAUAACUACAGUUUUAAUUGUUUUAGCUUAGCUGAUUUCCUUAUGAUUAUGGUGGUUUUGUUGCUUUAGAUUGAUCCAUACAUACACAAAUGUACACAUGUUUUUCAUGGUGUGCAUGUGCAGUUUCUAAUGCGGUCCACAAACCAAUUUAAUAUAUGCAAGGAUAAAAAUGCAGAUAGUGGGUAAAGGUAGCUUACAUAUACUGAAAUAGUCUGCUUUGAGGAAGAAUUGUUCUUGGGAAUUUUGUUGCAAGAAAAGGGGGGGACAAGUCAUCAGUAUUACAAGUCAAUCUGUAUCAGUGAUUGGUAACAGUGACUAUUUUAAUAUGGAAAACAUAUACAAAGCGCUAACUAACUAUCCAGAUAAUCAAAAAGACAAAGUAAAAGAUACAAGAACUCUAGAUAUUUCACAAAGGUAAAUGAAGCAUCAGUAGUACCUAUACAGUCUGCAAAAAUUAGCUGAUUCUGAGCUGUUGAUGGCCCUCCCUUCUUGAAGUCAGAGUUUGAAAUCAAAAUUUCUGAUUUCUUUGUAUUAAUAUUUCUAACAUAUUUCCAAUACAUAAUUAGAGAAAGUUUUUAACAUGCCUCACAAAAUAUUUCUCAAAUGUUCUGUUUAAAAUGUGAGAAGGCAAUAGAGCAAAGCUACUCGCCUUUUACUUUGGGAUAUAAUAAAGGAUUAAUCCAGUUACAAUUUGGAAAACAGAUUAGUGCUUGCGGAUGAGAGAUGUUGAAGUUCUGAUUCUAAGGCUUUAUUGUUACAUAAACUUGGGAAUAAGGUCUGUUGAAUUCACUGGUACUUGUUUUUCCACAUAAGCUAGGGAGAAUUUGAGUUGGAAUUGAGUUUUGUUUGGGUUAGGUUGAUAACUUUUCAGUUACCCUAUAAAUUUUCAUAUCAAAAUAGCAUUUUUUCCUUUGCAUAUUUUAUUCACUUCUCUUUCAAGCCCUCUGAUGAACUACUUUUCCGUGUCAAGUGUUGUAACUGUUUAGUAGCCUGUGGCUUCAACUAAUCAGUAGUGGCAAUGGAUGAAAGUUAACAGUCUGAUUAAAGACAUAUCGAUGCCACACUGUGACUCCUUGAAGAAAAGGUUCCCCACAUUUGAGUGUCUUAUUAAAAAUCCCUUGCAUGCAGAAAACUAUCAUCUUAAAGAGAGAGAGAGAGUGUGUGUGUGUAGUCUUGCCUUCUUCUGUUGCCUCUUGCAGCCCUGGGCUAGAAUAUUGAAAAGGGGAAAACAUUGACUUACCUAGCGUUCAUCUCCACUGAAAUCAUUUUGGUGGUAGAAUCAAGGAAUUACUUCCCAUAGCAUUCGAUUUGACUUCUGUGUAAAGAUAAGCACCUUUGGGAGAAACAUGUUAAAUUACUGAGAAAAAUGCUGUGUGUGUGUGUGUGUGUGUGUGUGUGUGUGUGGUCUAUUUCAAUAAGUAAUUAUGACAAUGCCAAUAAGAAUCAGAAGGGAAGCAGUUUUCUUAUUUUGCCAAAAGAUUAUCUUUGUUUGCAGUAGCUAUGGUCUGUCCAGCUGUCCAGCUUUCAGUGGGAAAUGUCAUUUGUAUGGUUGCAUAUCAAAAUGCACAUACCCUUCCCUCAGUGUGAUUGCACACAUUUGGAAAAACAUAGAUGUUCUGAUGCAGUUUUUAAUAGAAGUAUUUUGAAAUUCUGUAAAAUGUGCAUAAAAUGUGGAUCUUUUGAUAAAUGGUGGCAUAUGAAUCUAACUAAAUAAAUAGAUGAACUUCUGUGUGAUGGCAGUGAAUCUGGAUUAGCAGAUUUUUGACACUUCCUAAUUUGUUCAUCCAGGCAUUUUCUGGUUACUAGUACCAAGCUUUUAGCACAAUUGUUUGGCUGUUGUGGAUUUAUUUUAUUUCGUGGAUGAUGUUGUAUGUGUUGUAUUUUAAACUACUGUCUUGACUAAGUCACCAUAGACUCUUCUGUGUAGGGGUGGUAUAGAGUUCUUGAAAAAAAUAAAAUGAAUUUGGUUUCUGUUUGUCUAGAACAGUUAGAUAACAGCCUCUGGAAAAAUUGUAGAAUAUGGGUAUAAUAAAGAUACAGUUGAGAGACUAGAACAAGUAGAGUAGAAGUAGUAAGGGUUACCCAUUGUCCCUUAUAAUUGCUGGAAUAUGAAGAACCAUGUUCCAAAAUAUAUUUAUUAAAAAUUGUUUCCUGCUAUUCCUCCCAGAGGAACCCAAGGUGGCAAACAGCUAAAUGUUAAAACGGUAAAAUUUAAAAUCAAAUAUAAACCCAUUUAAAACCGUUUGAAAUCAGUGUUUUUAAUUCACUGUUGCCACAGCCAGUAUCUCUCAGCCAGCAGGGCUUUAAUGUGUCUGCCCCCAUUUUGUGGAAUAUCAUUCCUGUCCUACCUUGACAGACACCUGCACUGCCCAGAAACAAUUGAAGACAUCAGCCACAGAUUUUCCCAACUGGAUAAAUAGGUCUUUAUCACAAAUGUUUACUUUGUAUGGUUUCAGUUUUGUUUUAAAUGUAUUUGCUGUUUUUGUUCUUCGAGCUGUUUCUGAUUAUCUUCAGUGUACAUUGCCAAGGCAGUUUCUUAGAAGGUGAUUGAUAGAUCAGUGACAGGAAUAAUAUGCUUGGGUUAACAGGAUGUUGUUAAAUUUCAACUGAAGUUCAGUAAUGAAGGGGACGGGCUCACCUCACUAAGGAGGGCAUUCCACAAAAAAGUCAUCAAUACAUUAAAUACUUUUCUAUAUAGCCCCUCUCCAAUACGGACUGUUAAACAAGAUGUGGCUUGUAAGAUUAUAGCUCCUAAUUCUAAUUUAUAUACAUUGUGGAAACAAUGAAACAAAUAACUUAAUUUGGAAAUUACUUGCAUAACCCAAACAUAAGCCAGAAAAAGGAUGAUUUGAUUGGGUCACUUUCAACUGUUGAAACUCUGUUGUACUUAAUUACAAAAUGAACUCUACUACUGGGUUUACUAAGUCUAAGCCACUAAAUUGAUAAAGGGUUAAAAUGUAAUUCAUAAUAGGUCUUAGAAGUCAACUAUUAUUAAAUGUUCAUAAUGAAAACCAGAAUGGCAAAUGUAUACUCCUGAUCUUUUAGGUUUUAAUUGUAAUAUGCCUAUAGGUCAUAACUUAGUUGACACAAGUGAUAUAGCACCCGAGAACAAGCUUGAAAGCAAGAAACUUUGAGAAAGUUUGGGGACUGAAGGGUGAGGGUGUGUGUUGGCUGCCUUAAGUACCAGAGCUCAGGGUCCUACAAAUGCUGGGAAGAAUUAGAUUCACAGAUGGCAACCUCUGCUCUUGUCUCUGUGCUGCAUGUUGUUAAGCAAAGAGAGGAGGGAGAUGAGAACUACAUCAGUGGCAUAGUUGGCUCUUGGAAGACCCAGGCUGUGGAGUCACAAUGCCUAGUCAUGCUUUUUGAGGUCGCACGGUGACUUUGUUUUCUCCUUCCCAGUUUGGCAUAAGUACGUGAUCCAUUUGAAGGGGAAUUUGCUACGCAAUUAAGGGUCAUUAAUUCUAACAAGAGUGACAGUGUUGAGCUUUAAUCCUUAACUAGAUUGGCCACAAUUGCAUUAAUGAGACUGAGGUUGAUGGGAACCUAUUAUGACUGCAUAAGCAGGCUAUUCUAUUUAGAAGACCUUAUGACCUAUAAAGUAGCAAAAGGUGGAGAAAGGGCCCCAGUAGAGAACCUUGUUAAAAUUCAUCUGUAAAUUUGCUAGCAUGAAUAACUACAGAUAUAAAGCAAGUUUUGUAUUUUGGCCUGUUGAACAUAGGAAUUUUUCUCAAAGUACAUAUAAUGCAAGUAUUCUGAUUAUGCAGUUACAUUUCUCCCAGCACCUCAUUCUUCUAGCUGUAUGUGUGCAGUGGAUAGAUAAAAUAAUACGCUUCCCACUGUGGCAUCCAUUAGAAGAGACAAGAUCUAAUGAUUAAUUGACAUUGACAUAUCUUAAUGGGCAGGGAUACUAGUUUGGAGCUGAAGUUUGCAAAUUCAUCCUUGAAUGACCUCCAACCAUUUACCAAAAAACCCACCUUGAGCUUCCUAUUCAUUUGUACUCAUAUUAACUCCAUGGAAAUGUAACAUUUCCUUGUCAACUUGCUCAGGAGAGCAAAACUUUGCUUUUUGUUCUCAGUGCAUCAGUGGUAGCUGGUGCCCAUUACGAUUGGAAGGGCAGAAGGCAGGGAGACCAAAAUUUGGUGGAGCCAGAGCCAACAAACUUUAGUUUUGUCUUCAGCCUCCUGCCUGCUGAGUUCUACAAGGGCAACACAGAAUAAAAAGGAUGGUGCUGACAGCCAGAUCCACCGCCUGGACUGGUUGCAAGUAAAAAGGCAGGCAGGCAGGCAGGCAGGCAGGCGGGGGCUGGCUGAGCUUGGUGAGAACCAGUGCCCAUUUCCCCUAAUGAACCAGCUUCCACUGGCGGUGCAUUGUAGAAAGACACACAGCCUUCCUAUGUCAUAGGCUGUUAAGCCUGAUUCACUCACUCACUCCAACAAACCCAUCAGUGGCUAUGGCAUUGUAUAAAUCCUCCCCUAUUUUAUCAUGAGAUGAACUUGAAGAAGCAUUCCUUUGACUUGCAUUUAUAAGAUAAGUAGUUUGUCCAUGUGCUCUUAACUCCCUCUAGAGGUUGAAUCUUGAUAGGGAGCCUUUGAUGUUCGACAGAACACAAAGUGCCAUUUUCCUCAUUAUAAAUGGCACUUGAUGUGAAACCAGUUUUUGCAACUGACUUUCCCUUUGUGUCGCAUCCUUCACAGUUUCUUUAAAUAAUCAACAACCAAGUAUUUCAUUUAAUCUCUUUUUCUUUUGCAAGUUAACACUCCUUGGUUCAGAUUGUGUAGAAAUAUGUAAUCCUUUUUCAAAAGAAACCAGAAGCCAUAUAAAAAGUGUAAAUGUUAAAAGCCAGUUCUUAAUGCUUCAGUUCUUAAUCAUAUGUUGGAAAAUUGCAUUCCUGUUUAAAGGACAUCCAGGACUUUGUAGCUGACCCAAAGCUACUGUGUCUAAACUUUGUUGUGUGUUACACAGGCUGCAGGCUUGUUCCUUUAGCCAGCUCCUGCUGGAAAGCUGCAGGAACUUAUUAUUCAGCUUCCCCUCCUGUGGUUUCCUUCAUUAUUUUAUGCACUUUACUUGAAACAAAUAGACUGGCAUGUUCCUUUCGGUGUACUAAUAAAAAAACUAAUAGUCCAUAGUGUUCCUAAUACUUUAUCUUAAUCUAGUUUCUGUUAAUUCAAGCAAUCUGGGUUCAAGAUGCCACGUAAGAUUGAUUCAUAGUAUGAGUAUAUUCCUGGGUAUUAAAAUACAGAACUUCCGUGUAAUCUUGUAACUCCAGAUGAAAGAAACAAUGAUAAAUGUUCAUUGCCUCAUGUAGUCUAUAUGCCAUACUUUUCAUCUUUGCAGUGUUCUGUAUGCCUUUACAUUUUUCACUCUUGAGACAUUUCAUAAAAUUUUAGAAAUCAAGACUGUUGUUCUUGACAUUUUUAGGUACCAGCUACUGACAAUGUCGGCAGACGGCCCUGACGCUCACAUUACGGAGGUGAAACCAUUAGUGGAGAGAGAAGAGGUAAGCUAAACCUGCUGAUGAUGGACCACUGACUCCCACAUGAAUUUGUCCUAAGGCAGAGGCUAUCUUUUGAAGCCCUUCUUCAGAUGCCCCUGCCUUCUGAGGUUAGGUGCAUGGCCACCAGAAAAAGGUUCACCAUAGCCCACAUGACCCUGAAUCUUAUGUCUUCUGCCACCAAAUAAAGAAUGUAUUAUUUGCCCAAGAAUUUUAUAACAUAAGGUAGGCCCGCUUUUAAUGUUUGUUUUACCCUGCCUUUUAAAAAUUGCUUCACUUUCUGUUCUUAUGCCACCCUGGGAAUAAGAGAACCAAAGGACUCGGUUUACAUAAGUGAAACAGAAUAAUAAAGCAUCACUUCAAAUGACUUAACCUUUGCUUUGGAAAUGCUAGCAGCUGAAUUUUCAUGUUGGCACGCUUGCCAGGAGUGUUGACUGGGAGUGACUAGGAGCUCAUGUGUCAGUCCAUGUGCUCCCCAGGCCACUUCUCCACUGCUCUGGACUGCCAACAUCUCCUUGCCAAUGACACAAGGGACAGGGGUUCACCAGUACAACUCCUUACCAAGGGUGCAAGGGAGCCUAGGUACCCUACUGAUGAUAGUAGCGUUGGGGUUGGGAGAGCACAAGAUCACACUGGAUCAUCCAGUUGUCCUUUUCCUGUAAAGCAUAAUGCUCUAAAGCAGCCUUUCCCAACUUGUUGCCCCUAGAUUUUGGGCAAAGGAGACCACACUCUCAAUUUCAAAUUUAAUGUUAAUAUGACCUCUGUGAGUUGUGUCCCCACUGGGAGCAAGAAAGGAGCAAAGCAGAAAUCCUCCGACUGUGUGCACUAACCAUGGCUCAUAACUAAUGUUACACUGAAUACUACCAUUCUCUUGGAGUUCCAAGUUUCACAAACCCUAGUUCUAAAAAGUAGAAAUUUUGUUAAGACAAAAUUAAACAGCAAUAGGGAACAUGCAGCCUGUGGGUUUAAUUAGUCCUGGCAUUGGUUCCAGUUUGGCCCACAUGGAUGUUUUGCACAAACCACAGCCACCUGCCCUUCAGCUGACAUUCUAUAUGACUUCAGGUGUGGGGCCUGUAUGGACAUGGAUGCAAAUGAAUGAUUAGGAACUUAAUGUGAACUUCCAGUUAUUCCUUUGCAAGUUGAGCUGUCUGUCAUUGCUGAUCAGUGCUGAGAGGAAGCCUCCCUGGGAUCAGCUACACGCAGGGAGUUCCCCAGUAGGGCUUGUUUGCUCCAUGUUGAAAUAGUUUGCAUUCAAACUGCUUCCUAAAAUGGAGCUGUCCCCCCACUCUGCAGAGCAAAUGGAGCAAGCUUCUCAGAAGGUAUGUUCCAAGCGCCAGUUGGCAGAAGAGUGUGCCUUCAAAGUAGCUUGUCCACUUUCAAGCCACUUCCCAAAUCAAAGCUCCAUUUUGAGAAGCAGAUUGAAAUAGGAAAAAAACCCUUUGAAAAAGGCACGCUUUGAAGUGCACCUUCAAAGGAGGUCACUGUAACUGUUGAUCAGUUGAUCAGCAGUCACAGUGAGCCCUUUUGAAUUUUGGCAGGUGCCAUUUGCCCAACAUCUUAAUCUCGUUUCCAAUGACUGACAUGUGGGUUGUACACCCACCUGUUAAAGUUGACACAGGAAGAGUGGGGGAAUUAGGGAUCCAUCCCACCAGCCAGAUACAGUUCCCCAUCCCUGAUCUUCUAGCACCAUCAUAAACAGUGGUACCUCGGGUUAGACACUUCAGGUUACAUACUUCAGGUUACAGACUCCACUAACCCAGAAAUAGUACCUCGGGUUAAGGACUUUGCUCAGGAUGAGAACAGAAAUCGUGCUCUGGCGGCAGCAGGAGGCCCCAUUAAGCUAAAGUGGUGCUUCAGGUUAAGAACAGUUUCAGGUUAAGAACAGACCUCCGGAACAAAUUAAGUACUUAACCCGAGGUACCACUAUACUAAUAAUGAUCUCUGUUCUCUUGAGUGCUGGUCCUUAUGCACCAUCAACAUAGAAGAGAAAUGUUAUCAGCAGGAUUGUGGCGGGUGGGGAAGCCUCAAGGUUUGCAAUAUGUAUGGAGAGAGAGAGAGAAACAACAUUUGCUGCAUGGGGAUUCGAACAGAAAGCAGCCCAAUGAGGACUGAACUUGCCCAGUGGUAAUGGAAUGCUGGAUGACUGAUGGAGGGGAGGGGGUGGAAUACCAAAGAGGGGGAGAAUGGAAUGGAGUGUCCUGGAAAAGGAGAGUGGAGAGAGCCAGCCAGCCAUAAGCAGGAGGAUUCCACAAUGAAAUAUUGUGUUGCUUCUGUUUGUUUGCAUUUUGAAAUUGAAAUCAAACCAUCUUCUUUUCCACUGACCUCCUUCUGUAUGAAUCUUUUCUAGGCAAUCACACAUCUCCUACCUGACUUUGAUGUUCAGGUAAGUGAAGCUUCCAAAUUAGUAAAAACUUAUUUCAGAACUCUUAAAUUACGGACAUACAUAUAAUCAACUUGUAGAUUCUUAACUAUACUUUUUAUUUAUGCCUUGCUUAGCAAAACUAAAACUACUCCAUGAUUAUUUUAACAAACCUUCGUAAAUCUUUUCAAAACCAUGUUAUACUGUUCUGCUGCUUUUGGAACAGUUUUAUGUUUUAUAAUUGUAAUGGUUUUGUUUGUUUUCAUAAUUGUAUAUUUUAUUGUUGUAACCUGCUCUGGGUUCUUAUGGUGAAGGCCAGACAGAAAAUCAAAUGAAAAUAUCAAUUUAUGGAAAAAUGCUGUUGCAGCAGCAUGAGUAAAUAAAUUGCUUCAGGUACCCUAGUAGUUACUUUUCUAGCAUGCUGUCUCUGUUCCAUCUUAUGUUUUUUCUGCCACACACAUUUCUCAUACUGGUUUCUAAAAACUUACAAAUAGAAACAGCAAAGGGUGGUGGCUUGAGAACCAGUUGGCUGAAUUGUUGAUUGAUUUGUAUUAAAUGUGUCAAUGUUUGUACUGAAGAAAAUAAAUGUUUGCCAGAUCUUUACUGGGUCAGCUUUAGGUUAAAGAUUUGCUAGGCUUCAAAUUACCCUAGAGUUAGGUAAACUACCGAUUCCAAGUAGAAGCAAAUAAUACAUGGUUAUACAUGUUGUCAAAGCCUCAGAGCAGUCAUGUAUAUUUGUACAUUACUGAUCUGGGAGCACCGCUAGAUAUGAUAUAUAUCUAUGAUAUGAGACAAGCCCAGAGCAGGGAAUCAUCCAUAGAUUCAGGAGCCUCUGAAUGCUUGCAUGAAGCUUACAGGAGUCUAUACAGAAGUUAUUUCUUGCACUGUAGUAGUGUAGUCCAGCCUGCAAUCUGAGACUUGUGCCUCCGCUACCACACAACUACAAGUGGUGAAGAGGAGUCAAGCAGUCAGUUAAAGUAGCAUAGCUCUUGGCCAUUCUUUAAUGACCAGCAGUUGAACUCUUCAUCGUGUUGUGUGUUUAGUGAACCAAACCUUUCUUGUACUGUAACAAGAUGAGUGUGUUCUGUUCUAUUGAAAUAGCUGUAUUGAUCUAUCCACAUGGCGACAGUGCAAUGGGGGUGGGAGGAAGAGAAAUUCCUGUAGUUAAAUACCUAGAAAAAAUUUGCACAACAUCCCCGAAGUUUCAAAUCAGCAAGCAAGCAGGGCACAUAAAUGGGCACCUAAUGUCUACCCUGUGUUAUGCCCUAAGCAUAGAAAAAUAUUAAAAUUGUUAGAUAAAGGAACUUGGAGAACUAUGUGCUCAUUACAUGCUAAUCAAGCUUGUGAUGUGCUUUUUUUCCUGCCUAAACUAGGCUUGUUUGACCAUUUCCAUAAUAAGGCCUAUCUGCGUCUAGACACUAAAAGGCUUGCAGGACUGAUUUCUAUCUGUAUGAAAGCAUUGCGUGGAUAGGUGGAGUCCCCAGAUCCCGGGCGCCCCCCCCCCCCAGUCAUGUGGAAUAACGACUCAAGACAACGUGCUUUGGGAUUAAAUUGGCCACAGCUUUAUUACAUUUCAAAUGUGGGUAGACCUUGGCUCAGGUAUUGGGCGUUAUCCCUCCCCAGUCCCCAGCCGGGGACCUAGGGAGCUUCAGGGUUAUCCAAUGUGUGUGGGGGGGGAUGGGCCGGCUCUGGAGAACAUAUGUUCAAGCAGAGAUAGCUGCCCCCGUUACGCCACCGCCGCAGGGGAGAGCAAUGACGACCUCUCGGAGUACAGUCAAAGCCUCCCUUCAGAAACCCCUUUAAUGGGGAACCCUGGUAUCACCGCUGCAAAGAGGAAGAUAGACUAAAGGAUUCCGCCCAAGGCCUGAUACCGCCAAAGUUGUGACAUUUUGCUACGGGAAAGGCAAAACCUGCCAAUGCAGGGGAAUUCCUUUCCGGCCCUUUAACAGCGACCUUGACGUAGCAGCGCCCGCAUACCUGUGAAGAAAAGUUAACCUGCAAAAUAAGACAUUAACUGAGGGUGGGUACGGUGGGAGAAUCUCUGGAGCCAAGUGAGGAUUCCCAGGUAAGAUCCUCCCUCUAUUGUGUGGGCAGGUAGUCCCUCCCCUACCUGGCCUGGGCUCCUUGGCAACGCUUCCCCCAGGCGGGAUUGGACAACUGAUUGAGGUAGGUGGAGACCCCCAGGUAUCCCACCUGAGGGAAGGCGAAGCCAAGCCUAUGCUGAUGGAGCCGCUCCAGAUCCAGGGGCUGCGCACGUCCACGCAAAGGGCGCCCCCCGUUUUAUGCGGGGAGCAGUCAUUUCCUCCAUCUUUAAAACAGAAAAAAGAAGCAUAUUUGGAGGGAAAGGAUUCUAGACUAGCCUUCUCACUAACACCUAGUGUCUUCCUGUAAGGAUUCUCUUCCAUCUUUUUUUGCAGGAAAUACUAUUUUCCCCCCUGUAGGGAGCAUUCAAUUAUUCAGUACAGCCUAAAGGUAGACUACGUUCAUUGACAAGUAGACUUGAGUUGUGGUAAAUUUGUAUCAGAUGCGUAACUAUAGAAAGUGGUUAUUAUAAAUGGGAUGUCUUUGAAGUGUUAAGAUCUACUUUGGUUGGAAUGGGCUAGAGUUGCUGCUUGGUUGCAGGAGGAGGACUGGCUGUAACUUUUGAAACAGCAAAUCUACACUUUUUUUGUACCCAUGACGCAAAAAUUUCAGUUAACAUAACAGUAAAUAGGUGAGAAUUUUCCUGUACCUUGUUAGAACAGUAUUUGUUCCACAGAAUAUGUGGGUGCUUCUGUUAAAACAUAUAUGGCUACUAAAUUAAAAAUCGAUCCUUCUGUAGCCCUAUCCACACCAAGGCUGUGUGCUUUAUGAUACAGACCUGACCGUUUUGAUUAUAGGAUUAUAUCUGAAACUCCCUGGUUGUAGCAUGGUGUGUUGUUUGGAUUCUUGGCUUUGUGCCACACAUGCACAACACUGACAAAUCUUAAAGGAGCGUGCUACAAACAGAGUGGAUAUGUGGCAUCACAUUUCAAACAAAUAUAGGUAAUAACUGUUUGCAGGCUAGCUUAGGCAUCUUCUUUGAGUCUCUUCCUAUUGUUGGUUCUUUCUUCUGCUGACUUCCGCUGAAUUUAAUUGGUUCCUUGUUGUGAAGUGCUGCGUGCCUAAAUUGACAGCUGCCUACUUUGCUGAGCCAGUUUUGGCUCAAAAGGUUGACUGUUACAAUACUUUAUUUCAAACAAAAUGAGGAAUGUGCAGAGCCCCCUUGGGAAACAUGGCUAGUCUUAAAUGCUUGAUGCUUCCUUAAAGCUUCCUCAGACAUGGAAUAUGCAAGUACAGCAUGCUACCUACAAGGUAGCCCCCCCACCCCUUAGUGGCACAGUUUCUAUCUCUUUGCCAGAUCUGAAAGGCCUUCCUUUUCUUGACAAUCAUGCGUGCAAUCUCACUGUCGUUCUCAUCAAAUUAGUCCUGGUGUUUCUUGGUUUGGUAUCCAAUAGCUUAGUGGCUAUCUGAUUUCUCGCCAAAUAAAAGUAGUUACCCUCCACAAGUGCCACAGCUCUUUGUGUAUUUCUGCCGUUAAUGUGGUUGUUCAUUUGGAAUUGACAUGCAAAUCUUUCCUGUAAUGAAGACAGUUGCCAAAGUGUAACUGCUCCGGUCCAUUUCAAGCUGUGAUGGCACCUCUUGGACGUGUUUGACUAAUGCUCACGUGCAAUUGUUUAGUCCAGUGAGCAGGAAACUGUCUCUUUAAAAGCAAUAGAUAACGUGACCAGAUGGCACAUUUGUUUUUAUCCUUCUAUCGGAUUAGUGUACCUUGGUUUCCCCCCACCCUCCCCAUCCGCCCCCAAUAUAGUGUUUUAAUACAGAUCGGUCAGUAAAGAGCCUCUUACUACAACACUGACGUUGAUUAGGGGAUGAUGCCAUCUGUUUUCAGUAUGCUACAUCUUUAUUGAAAAAAAUCUUCCCUGAAAUCAGACAAACAGGUCAGUUGUGGUAUGAAGCUUGGAGCUUUGUUGUUGGGAAGAAGGCUUUGAUUUGGCUGUACUUUGUGCUUGUCAUGAAUUCUUUUUGCAAAUGUGCUCCUGCAUGGGAAAGUUUUCAAUCCAAUUAACAAUCUGAGGACAUGGUCUUAAAAUAAGCUGGAAUUAUGGUAUUUGUGAGGAGGCAGGAGUUACAAUCUAUAGCUAUGGGAGCCACGUGUUCUACAACAGAAAUAAAAAAAAAAAGUGUCUGUGACUGUACCUAAAACAAACAAAAAGUGUUGGGUUCCCACAAAAAGCCGCUUUACACAACCAUGUUUGUUGUACUAUUUUUUUAUGCAUUGAUUUAGUUUGUUUAUAGAUGACUUCAUUUUUCUUUCUUUUUAGCAAAUCCCAACAAGAAUUCUGUAUAAGAAGCACAGUACAAAUUCCAUAUUCAAAACCAAUGUUUGUAACAUUAUUUUACAUACUUUAAACUAAGUACCAUAAAACAAAUUGUAUACAGACAUCAAGAAACAUAAAAUUCAACAUUACAGUUCCAACAUAAAGAUCUCAUAAAUAGUUCAAGAAAUCCAUAGUCACUUAGUUCAUUCCACUUGCACAAAACCAAAGCACACAGCCCCCAUCUAUUCAUGUCAAUAAAACACUCAAAACAGUCAACUGACCAUUAACCACCUACAGAAAAACAGAUCCACUAAAUAAAAACAAUCCAAAAGCAGCAGAAAAAAGCAAACAUUUUACCAUCUCUCACCUGGAACUAUAAUAGAGACAUCCUCACACGGAGGGAUAUUGAGUCCUUUCCAACCAGCAGGCAAAUCACCUUGUGGGGAGUUGGGUUAAAGCAGCAGUGCACCUGAUGCUCAUCACCUCAUAGGAGCAGUUGAGUCUCAGAAGAAUAAUCAGUCUACGUUAAAGAACAAUGCCCAAGAUCAAACAAGUCAAAAGGGGUGGAUGUGCCUGCAUGGUGGCCCUGAAGGAGAAAGCCCCUACCCUGUAUGAAAGGGAGGUGUAUACAUCCACAUCCUUUGAGAAAUUCACUGGAGCACAAAUUGGUUUUGGCUCUAUGACACAUGUCUGUUAUGUGUUUUUUAAAAGAUGUAUAGCUUCCUUUUUUCACUUCACUCUUGCAUCACAGCAGACAUUGUAGCAUAUACUGCUAAUUACUAUGGAUUGCAUUGCAUGAUAUGGCUCUCCUUCAGAGGACACUUGAACAUUUCUUCAGGGCUGCUCUUCCACGUUGCUCUUGUGUAGCAGCUUUGUGUGAUUCUCUGCACACCACUGCAUUACUUGAUGGUGUUGUAAAAAUGAGAUUGUGAAUGAUGCAGCUCUUUGGAAGUUGUUCUUAACUUUGGACCUUCAUUAAAAGGCUCCAACAUGCACCUAAAGCGCCAAUUGCAUGCAUCUUUCCUGCCUAAUAGUUGUAGAAUUUGUAUAUGUCUCAGUGGAGUAGGGUAGCAGUCACUGCUUCCCUGUGGCUCAGCUGAGCAAGCCCCCAUGCUGCGCAGGCUCCUGUGAGCUGGGGGGUGGGGGGGACUUUGUUAAGCAGCAGGGCUUGCUGAUGCGCUGGAAAGCAGUGACUGCUGCUGCGCUACCUCACAAAUCAGCUAUUAGGCAGUGAGGCUGAGUAGCUCAACAAAGCCCCGCUGCCCCUUCGGUUCACGAAGAGAUCCUCCGUGGAAACCGAACAGGUCCUCUUCGUGCUGUGGGAUGAGUCUCCUCAUGAGCCACUAGGACUCUCCAGAGUGCUCCCCAUUUUAUGCGAUUUCACAUAUGCACGUGGGGGACCUGGAUCGGAACCCCUGUGUAUGUAGGGAGUCACCAGUAUAUAAAAUAUCUCAAAGCGGUAACAGUAGUGGUACAUUUCCCCCAAACAAUCCAGUUUGCACCGGGGGUUUAAGAGUGUUCCGCAGUUUGUGAUCUUCAGUAAUUCCAGAGAUUAAUUUUAAAAAAGCAACUUCCAAGUGGAAUUAGCAUCAGAUCAUUCUACCAUAAGAACUGUAUUUAUGAGAAGCAGGUCCUACACACUGAUUUCACCACAAGGGUCAGAUAGUGUUCUAUACUGCACCCUCCUCCCAUAUGACCUAAGUGAUUUUCAGCUUACUUUUUGACACUUCUAAACACUUAUUCAUUUGCAUUCUUGACUGCGUGCUCUUCCCUGUACCCUCGGAGCACUAAACCAGUGUGAGUUUUAAGACCUCAAUCUUCCGCCGUGCCCCACCUAGGCUUUUCAUGAAACUGGGUGACAUUGACAGAACCGAAGGCUUUCAUAAGUAGGAUCUUUCAACUGGGUCAAAAAUAAUCUGGCACAUUGUGCUCACCCAGUGGCAAGGCUCUCCAUGCAGAUGGAUUUCCUCCUUAAGAUACUGUAUGGCAUUAGCACGACUCUAUUGCUACACAUAAACCAAGGGCUAUUCCAGACAGUAAAACCCAGUAUUGCCUUGCCCCUUCCCUGCCCCCACUGUGGAUGUCUGACCUGUAUGGUAUGGGCACUUGCGGUUAAACCGGUCUUAAAUCCUACUUAAGAAUGACGUCCUUCUGAACUAGUUUGUGUUAGUUUUUCUGAUGGGGCAUUAUGGGAGUUGUGGGCUUAGGCAGAGCAACAGCUUGGCUAUAUAACCCAGCUUACCAUAGGGUCCAAGUAAAAUCUGAUCCUUAUUUCUCUCUGGACUCCUUGAGAUUAAUAUCAAACUGCACUGUCUAAAAAUGGUGCUGGAUGUGGAAGAUACUGCCUAUUUAUUACAUAAUGCUGUAAGUACUUCCAGUGGGAAAAAGUAAAGUAAAAACUAAAAUGUAUAGUUCUUCUUUAAAGACUGAUAUGGGUGUUCAGUAUUUGUAUACUGUAGUGCUUUAUAUGUGAUAAAACUUUGGAGUAAGUUGAACCAUCCUUUUAUGGUCUGUCAGUUUCUUAAGGUUAUGGAAUCCUAGAUGCGGAGAGGUACACUCUUGAGUUAUGUGACCUUGAGUGAGCUUUCUGUUUCUAAGGUUUAUGUGCAGCAAGAAAAAGAUGCCUGGUAAACAAAUUGUAUCCUACAGUUUGUAAUGUCAGCCUUUCAGAAUUCUAAAUUGUGAGAGGUUUUGAUUGUCAAACAAUUGCAUAAUGGGCACUUUUCUGUCUACAUAUAAGAGCAUGUUGUGGAGUGGAAGGUAUUUGUAGAUGUCUGUUUUAAAUUUUCAUAGCAAGUAAAAUUACUAAAUUGCUGUAAUUUGUAGGGUGAGGUCAGACCUACUUCUAAGCAGUUCUUACACUAAUACCAGACAGUAAUGGUAGCAAAUAGAUUACUAGAGAGUAGCAGUAGAUUUGUCAGGGGUGAUUAUUCUUGUAUGAAGAAAUCUGUCCUAUAUACAUAUACAGUUUUACCACAGGAGGGUAGCAGUCAACAGUGUAGGUAGCAGCUUUCUAAAUGUGUACAUAAUAAUUUCAGACAACCGUUUGAAAAACUGUUAUUGGUUGCAGGACUGACAGUGGACAAGAAUACUUGUUUAUUUUUUUGUAGAUCCUACAAGAAGUCCUAUGUAUCCUAAAGCCAAUACUUCUAAUGGACAAAUAUUUUUAUUUUCAACCUUUCUACCAGGUCCACUUUGCUUCAGCAGGAUUGCUAUAUCAUAUGCCUUUAGACCCAUUCCCUUGCUAGAAUAAGCAAUGUAAUUGCUGAAUAUUUUCAGCAUAACAAGGUCCUGAUAGUGUUCCACUGUGAUUGUGUUCACAGGCUUCAUUUUCCUAGUUUAGAUUGCAGAAUUAAGUACUCAAAUCACGGCAUCAGUUUUGAGUUGCUAGCACACAGUAGUCUUUUUAGCAUAUGUAUGUAGCGAACUGCGGGCAAUUGAUGUCUAAACAGAAUUGUUGUAGUCCUGUGAAGGAAUUCUGCACCAUUUGAAAGUGCAAGUUGGUAGCCAAUCAGUGAAAAGUGAAAUUCUGGAAAAAUACUGGAAAUUCUGGUAGUAGUAAAUAGAUCCAUUCAACACCAGUCAAAAGUGGUGCUAGGUAACUAUCUGAUGGUUAAUUAAGGUACCAUUUUGUUGAAUGUAAAAUCCUUAUUUUUGCUGCCUACUAAUGGUCCCCCUCUCCUCUACAGGAACAAGAUAUUGAGACAGUACAUGGCUCUGUCCAUGUUACCAUGUGUGGGACUCCCCGAGGAAAUAGGCCUGCCAUUCUAACAUACCAUGAUAUUGGACUCAAUCGUAAGUGUGAUAAUGUAUCAGCAAGGUGGAGCACGCCUUCGCUGCUCUCAUAACAAGUGUGCACAAACAGCUGCUUCUCUUGUGACAAAGUGCAUUAAUUCUAGCUUAGUUCUUCUUAUCCAUACUGAUCCAUGGGACUGCAUUUGCUGAUUUAUGUACAUUGCCUGCACAGUAAUUAAGCACUCUUUUAAGCAGGUCCAACUUCUACAUGCACCAAAGCAUUUUCCAGACAUACCCAGAAUACUACAGUGGGCAGCAGUGUCUGGGCGACACGUCCAGGAAAAUCCAGACGUAUGGCAGCUCAUGGCAGCAGUGCUGUGUUUCCUACUGUAUAUUUGUUUAAUCUGGUCCUUAGCACUUUGCUUAGGACCAUAUAAAACAAAUAUAAAUGAGGCAUGAACUGAAAUAGACAGUGGUAAAACCUUUAUGAAAACCUGCUCUUAGAACUUGUGCUACAAAAACACAUAGAACUAGAGCAGUGGCAUUGAUUUGAAAGGCCUCUUUUUACUUGGUACCUAUCAAGCAAACUUACUUUUUCCUCUCUUUUUUUAAAAAAAGAAUAACUUGUCUAAGUGAACUCCUUGUUUCGAGAUUUGGGGGAUGGAGUCUCAAUUUGCAAGGUGUCAAGGACUGACAACUGCUGUUCUCUCAUUGAUGUUUCUACCUUCUCUUCUUGCUCUCUGCCCUUCUUCCUUAAAGACAAAACUUGCUUCAACCCCCUCUUCAAUUUUGAAGACAUGCAAGAAAUCACACAACAUUUUGCAGUCUGCCACGUGGAUGCACCUGGACAGCAAGAUGGGGCAGCCUCUUUUCCACCUGGGUAAGUUCUGCAAAGUUACUGCACAAUAAUAUGAAAUCCAGUUUAAAAGAGAAAAGGAAACAAAAUUCAAUCUUCCGUUAAAAGCCCACUAAAUGAAACCCUCUUUAACACAGUAGAAAAUAAUAAUAAUGGAGUUGGCCCCGACUGGACAUUUCCAGAGAAGGGAAUUUCAUCACUGGGGCUUCACUACAGAGAUGGCUUUGUCUCCAGUAGCCACAUGCCUAAACUCUGAAUAUGGGAGGUACCCUGAGCAGACCCUUCGAGGAUGAUUUUAAAGAGCAGACAGAUUUCAUAAAUCAUUCUUAGGGAUAAACUUUGGGUGACAUGAAUACUUCAUUGAAUAUUGACAGCAUGAACACAUGAGACUGUAGGUAUGUUUGGAGGGUGAGUGGGGAAAGGGCACAGAGGAAUUAAAAACUGUUGGUAGUGGAGAUACAUCUUUGUCCAAAAUUGCUCCUUAUGGUGCCGAAAGUAUAUGGUCUUGCAUCCCUUCUUGUUGCAAAUGCCAGCCUUUUCUUUCUUUUCUUCCUGGAGUAACAUGCUUCAUGGUGAGAGUUGCCAUAUGAAUAAUUUGGGAGUGUUGAACCAGUCCAGAAUAACAGGCUUUUCAGGGCUGCUUCACAUAUUAAGUGGUAGCAAGCAAACAUAUUCCAUCCCAGCUCCCUGCCACCGGUGAAAUGUAUCUGCCUAGAAACAUAACUUGCUGUGUGCAUGCUGCAGUUUUAUGAAUGAAUAAUGUUCUGUCCACAAAGUUCUUGCAUGUGUGCGUCCCAUCUGCUGUACUUGGCCACGUGCCUAUAUAUGUAAUGUCACAAUGGCAAUUAUCUAUUGUCAAGGUUAAUCCUAGCUAUUCUAGAAUGAGGGAAUGGAACUAUUGCUGUAGAGUCAACCUCAGUUCCAAAACAUGGAAAUAAUACUAAUAUUAAUGAAGUGACCUGGCACACAGUAUGUAUGAAUUGAGCUAGUUAAACCUGACAUUUUGCUUCUGAAGAAUAUUUGCAUAGCUGUCAACUUACAGAUUUGAAAAUAAGGGACCGGCAGCCUUGAAAAUAAGGAAUCAGCAGCCAAAAUAAGGGACCUGCAGCCUCACCUGUUCCAGGCACUCCAGUCUUCUUGUCGUCCUGCAGUCUGGUCAAACUCAAGCUGGUAGCUUCGAAAACACUGUCCAACCAACUUUGUAACCAGAGGUUCAACUGAAUAGAAUCUGAAUCACAUGCACCACAAGGCCUAUGCAGCCUCAACUUAAGAUGGCUCCCCGGCCUGGCUUUGCACUGCAACGUUUGCAGCAGCACGUGCAACAAAAUGGCAUCCAGAAUUCAAAAACCCCUCAGCUUGCAUUAACUAGCCACACACAAGGCAUGUAAACUCCACCCCCAGUCAUUCUUAGACUUCUUAUUGGGUGAGCAACACAGCCAAGCAACACAGUUGGAGCUUCCCUCCUCCCUGGCCGGCAGGGAGGGAGGGAGAGGAGCUGCUUCCUUUGAAAUUUAAGGGACAUCCUUUAAGGGACAUCCAUCAAUAAGGGACAGCAGCGGGACAUGGUGCUGGAAUAAGGGACUGUCCCUUCAAAUAAGGGACACUUGACAGCUAUGCAUUUGUCUUGCAGAUUAUAGCCCCAGUGGAGAUAAACUGGUAUAGUUUGUUCUCUAGCACCAAAGUUUUGUUGAAUGAGUUCCGGUGCUUUGUUCGUACAUUGCCUUUUUAGAAGGCAACUGAACCUUGACUAAAUUGUGUCUUCAAUCAUCACUGUUGCAGAUACAUGUACCCUUCAAUGGAUCAACUGGCUGAAAUGCUUCCUGGAAUUCUGAAACAGUUUGGGUAAGUAGCAUCACUCAGGGUUUUCAGUGCAGAUUGAAAAAAGUAACUUUCCCAUUGCAUGACAGUAUUCCAUGGCUGCCUGAGUUUACCACUUAGUGGACUCUGUCAUGCUUAUUUCUACCUUGCUGAGUUCUGUAGGGCUUAUUUGAAGUGUAGUGGUUCUGGAAUCCAUUGUAUGUCAAAUCUUUCUGUAGUCUGGCUGUACAGGGAACCCACAUCACUGUGGCUACAGCAGGAGCGCCAACUUGGCCCCAUGACCGUGGGUGCCAGGGUCUGUGGGUGCCAUGCAACGUGCAAGGCCCUGGCACUGAAAUUUGUGCGUGCCCAGCCCCUUCAAGGGGAAUUUUGUGGGUGCUUGGGCACCUAUGGCCCCACCUAUGGGCUACAGAAGUUACUGGCAAUGGAGAAAAUGUGAUUGUCUAAAUAAAGAUGGUGAUCGGCUUGUAGUAAAUAAGAGUUCACUUUGCUUAUCUACUGUUUUUCCCCCACUGACAUUGUUUGGCACACUGCCAUUGUGAAAUGUUUUGCUUCUCCUUUACUCUUGGAUUCUAUCUGGUCUAGUCAAGAGACACUACAGAUUCUGAAGAUUGCCUUGUGAACAUUUUUAGUAAUUUAGUAGUUAAAUUGAAUUAUGCAUUGCUGGAAACUGGUAUUUGGUUUUGGCAUAGCUUAUUAUCACUUAAAUAUUGAAAAACAAAUGGUCAUUGAGUGCCUCAUUUCUCUAUGGUUAGUUACCAAGACAAAUGCUAAGCAAACCAAAUACAACUUUCCAUACUUCUAAUUGCCCUCAUGUGAAACUGGCUAUGUCCUGUAGGGCAGAAUUGUGAAGCACAGGCAAUGGAUUAACCCAAUCUGAAUUACUUAUGCUAACACGUGUAGGCAACUUCUUUCCAACCCUGUGUAUAUUUAGUGGUGUACACCAUGCCUAUUUGGGUGCGUGGCAUAAGGGUUAUACAGUAUUGAAGUUGUAUCCUGUUCUUUAGUCCCAGAGAUGGAGAGAUGGCCUGUUCUGGGCAGGGUUGCACUCUCCCAGAACGAGCUUGUUUGUAGCUUGGGGAAAACUCGUGAAUCCAACUUUCUACUGGAGGGCCAGUAUGCUAGAAGUGCCCUUUCUGAGCUACAGAUGGUUCACCAGCUACAUCCCCUUUUACACAGAGAUGACUUUGCCACUGCACUCUUGUGCUCUGGUAGCUUCCACAUUGGAUUAUUACUUGGAAAUGUCAAGUGCAGCAGCAAUUCAUUGACCUGGGUUCCAUUUAGAACUUGCACAACCUCUGUUUUAACCCAGCUGCAAUGGUUGCUGGGCCAGUUCAAGGUUCUCACAUAGGCCCCACCUCCAUCCCUAUGGGUCACCUUAGAAGUUCAGGGGGUGGCAGCCCAGGAGAGCACAUUUUUUGGCAGCCCCUAAACUCUGGAAUUACCUCCCCAAAGGGUUGUAUCUGGGCACCUUCAUUAUGUAGCUUAUGUUGGAUGUUGAAGACGCAACUCUUCUUGGGACCAUUGAUACACAAUAUGUAUUAGGAGCCACCUUAUUCUCCUGACUGUAAUCUGUUUUAUCUGGUUUUAAUAUUGUGUAUUCAGUUGUUGAAACCGUACCUGGGACCUCAUGGCAAAUUCUGAGUAAGAAUAGUAAUUAGUAACAGUAAUACUGUGGCUGAUACGCUGCAUGAGGACAGGCCAGUGCUAUUUGUUUUAACAUGUCUGAACAGACAUGGAGCUGCUAUUCAGUGUAGCUUAAUGUAAAAUAGGUAUGUUUGGAAAUUGGGGGGGGGGGGUUUGCUGUUAGAAAUCAGACCUUUUUUUAAAACAUUAUUCAUAAUUUCUUUAUGUAGGUUGAAAAGUGUCAUUGGAAUGGGAACUGGAGCUGGUGCCUACAUCUUAACCAGAUUUGCUGUAAGUUGUUUGCUUGUUUCUAUGGUGGGUAAGGGUUUAAAAUCUCGAUGCUAUUGCCUGCCAAUUACCAGAGUCUAUGCUUUCAGUGGUUUUACAGCUUCUGUCAUGCUGAAUGAAAACUGGCUAGUGCAUGGCUUGGUUUAAAAAUCAAAGUCCAUAACUUCCUUGCAUUUUUGGUAUAUUAACAUCUGGGUAACAAAAGCGCAGGGAACAAAUUUAUCCAAACCACAAGCUAAACUACUGUUCAAAUUUUGCACAUGGCCCCACUGAAAAUUUUGCUCUGAUUCCUGCUAGUCCAGGAUUAAUUGGCAGAUGAUCUGCCUUAGUUUGCCCUAGAUAUUUACAUUAAAUUUAGUUCUCUCCACUUGAACACAGUGACUGAAAACAGAUAGGUUAAGGUACCUUUACAAAGAGAAAUUUCACCUUUCACAGGCCUUCAAAUUGAAAAGUGCUCUGUGUUUUCCCCCAAAUUGAUUUCCUAAAAGCAAAAUCUUCCCUGUUUGUUGCUACUUUAGUGCAUCUGCAUGUUUGUUCACAUGACUCUUCAAUUUGCAGCUUAAUCAUCCUGAUAUGGUGGAAGGACUCGUUCUUAUUAAUGUCAACCCAUGUGCUGAAGGAUGGAUGGACUGGGCAGCAACUAAGGUAAGAUACUGCAUCUUUUAAAUUUAAUUUUAAAACAUGUUAAUUCUUUUUCAUAAAAUACCAAAUGCUUGUCAUUGGAAAGAUUUUGCACCGGCACCCAAGCAUACCCCUGAGACCUAUACGAAUUUGUAAUCUCCCCUUCAUUGACUGAUUGGAAAAAUCCAUGUUGAUAGGCAUCCUUUUUGAAGUCGCUUUGAUACACCUGUACAUUAGUUCCAGAUUGGCUUUGAAACACAAGUGCAUUGCAUGAUGGAGUUAAAUUUACUUUGAACACCACGAUUUUUAUACAUUGAAUUGCAUCAGCAAAUGGUUAAACUGGUGCAAUUUCUGUUGUGGUAGAUUCUGAGCAAAUCAUUAUGUUCUUAAAGUUGAUUGAUCCUACAAACUCACAGCAAUAUGGGAGCCAUAGUGACACACAAAACACAUACCCUUAAAAGGUCUAAUGAAUGAAUGGUUAACACAGUACUCAAAGUAAUUUCUCUAGCAUGGCAUGAAUUGGAUAUGUAAUUUGACUAUGACUUGUUUUUGUGUGUGAUGAGGUUGACUGUCAACCACUGGAGUAUGAAAGACCGCUGUGCAAGACAGUGUGAACUGUCCUAAUGCAUAUUUUUCUGAAUUCUCAGAUUUCUGGAUGGGCUCAUGCAUUGCCAGAUAUGGUCAUCUCACAUCUUUUUAGCAAGGUAAGUGUGUAUUAUAACAUUCAGAUUUUGAAGACUCCUCCUGUUGCCUUUCUCAUGUAGGGAAAAGGUACUAGUAACUGACAUGCAGUAGUAUCUUAGCAGUGUUUUGAAUUCUGAUACUUAAGGACAUGGGCAGGUAUAUCUGUUUACAUUUUAGUAGGCUUUAUUAUGCUAAUCCCUUGGACAGAAUUCCUCGCCCCUCACUUCAUGAAGACUUCUGCUUUUAAAUGGUGACAGGCUUUAGCUUGUGUGCUUUGCUCCUUGUGGGUUCUGAUGUUGAAAUUUAAGAGCGCUACAUUAAACCUGGAAGAUUUAGACACCAGGCGGUUUGUGUAACUGAAAUGUGGCAAUACUGGCAGGAGUUCAACUGCUAUUUUAGUGUUACUGUUCUAAAACGUCUAGCAUGUUGCUGUUUAUCUUUCGGAGACAGGGCUCCAUGUUGCAUACUUUACUGUCAAGUAUUUUACUGUCUGGAAGGGAUGGGGAUUACGGAUGUAUAGGGAGCACUUGGAAAAGAACAUUUAGCUGUUAUAAAAAGCCGGUAUUGAUCUACCAAAUAUAAUGAGAGCUUUCUUUGAAUUUAGGAAGAGAUUCACAACCAUCAGGAUUUGAUGCAUACUUACCGCCAGCACAUCAUCAAUGAUAUGAAUCAAAACAAUCUGCAUCUCUUUGUCAACUCAUACAACAGGUAAUCUGCUAUUGGGGAUCAUCUGGAUUACUUGGGAUAACAAGCUGCACCCAUUUGAGUCCAAUCAGCCACAGAAUGCCUUGAAGUCUUCCAGAAUCCGCAAUGAAGAACCUUGGGCCCUCCAGAUUUUGUUAAAGGGGCCAUAGCUCAGUAGUAGAGCAUAUGCUUUGCAUGGAAAAGGUUCCAGAUUCAAUCCCACCAUCUCCAGGUUAGGCUGGGAGAGACCCCUUUCUGAAACUCUGGAGAGCCACUGACAGUCAGUGUAGACAAUGCUGAGCUAAAUGGACCAAUGGUCUGAUUGUGUAUAAGGCAGCUUCCUAUGUCCCUGGAUCAGUGGCAUGCUAACGGGGUCAGACUGGAAUCAUAGGUCAGCAAUGUCUGGAGGGCCAAAGAUCCCUCUUGAAGACCGCUGCUAGCACAAUCUUCGUUCUAAACAUGAGCUUUGUCAGAUGGACUUGCCGUGGUGGUAUCCAACAUAUUUAGGUCUUUUCGAAGAACUGAAAGCUGAAAUAGAGCCCAACUCUGACAAGCAUCCAUGGACCACAUGCCUUAGGGACUCCAUAUGGCCCUCAAAUUGCAUGUUAUCAACUCUGAGUUAUGGCUUCUUCUUGCCUUUUUAUAGGAACAGUGCUUAGAAGUUAAAUGGAAGCCUUCUGCUUACUUGUCUCCUGUUCCUUUUUCUUUUUUUUUCAGCCGAAGAGAUCUAGACAUUGAGCGGCCUAUACCUGGAACAACUGUUGUAACUCUACAGUAAGGAUUUUUCAUAUUCCAUUUUAAUUCUGUUGUCAUCUGGUUGUGGCUAAUUUCUGAAACAAAUCUAUAGAUAAAACUGGUAUGUCAAACUGAUUGUAUAAUUCUCAUGGUUGCCAUUUUUUUGCCACUAAAUUGAUAGCAAGAAUUUCAGUGGCAGAAUCAAGAGGCACAAUGCCCUAGACAUACCAGCUAUAAUUGUAUUAUCAUCUUCAAAGGGCUCUUUAUGACUGUGUCUUGUCCUCCUUUUCAUACCCAAUCAAGCUCCUCCUUCCUCAGCUGCUACUUCUAUACCAUUUCAAGUAUUAAUUUGAACACACAUAAGGAAGGGAAUACUUUGCACUUUAAUCUCAUUUAUGAAGAACGUGCCAUGGGCAUGUCUUAAUCUCCUACCUUGUUGAUGUCUCAACAAACCGAAGCUUACAGGACUUAACCGCUUAGAGAUGUAUGUGGUUUAUUCCUGGGCUGUCCCAGUUACUGAGGUACACAGCAGUGAGCUGUGACUUGAGAAACAAGUGUCAUGGUAUAGCAAGUUGUACAAAACAUUAUCAUGAAAGCUUAGCUGUAAAUGGGUAAGAAACUAAACAUUUGCUUAAGGCUUGAGAAGCAAAAUAGAAUCUUAACUACUGUGAUUUAGUGACAGCUACCAUUAAGGGUAACAUCAGAUGCCCACAAGCCACCUUGUUGGAAUGUAGACCAGGCAUAGGCAAACUCGGCCCUCCAGAUGUUUUGGGACUACAACUCCCAUCAUCCCUAGCUAAGAGGACCAGUGGUCAGGGAUGAUGGGAGUUGUAGUCCCAAAACAUCUGGAGGGCCGAGUUUGCCUAUGCCUGGUGUAGACAGUUUCAUCACAUCUGCCUUACUGUUUUCUGCUUUGAUACACAACUCGCUAAGGGAUGUUUGUCUAGUUAUUUUUCACCUUUCUCAUAGUUCCAUGUCCUCUCUUCCUGCUCGUUGUUACUUUGGGGCUGAGGUUCAUUUGUUUGUUUGGAUUAUGUAUUUUUGCUAUUGCAAAGUAGUUCGGUACUGCAAGAAAUUGGGUCCAGAGUGUUGGGGAUUAUUUCUUUGAGCUAUAUGCUGGCUCCAGCUUCAAAUAGUUCUGUGCAUUCCUCUUAGUGACAGUUAACUCACCAACAAAUAUCUUGAGAUUCUGUGGUUUAUACAGAAGCUGUCUGUUUCUUCAGUAAUUUGUUACAAAAACUUUUGUUUUAGAAAUCUUGUAUAUUGAGAGUGAAUUAUAUAGCAAUGACUGCAAUUUCAGUUAUUUCCUUUCAGGUGCCCUUCACUGUUGGUGGUUGGAGACAGCUCUCCUGCAGUUGAUGCUGUGGUACGUACAGAUUAGCUUUAGAGGUGUGUCACAAUAAUCCAUUGCUGGGAAUCCAUUACAUUGAUUGCACUGUAAUACAGUGGUACCUCGGGUUACAGACGCUUCAGGUUACAGGCUCCGCUAACCCAGAAAUAGUACCUUGGGUUAAGAACUUUGCUUCAGGAUGAGAACAGAAAUCACACAGCAGCAGUGGGAGGCCCCAUUAGCUAAAGUGGUGUCUCAGGUUAAGAACAGUUUCAGGUUAAGAACAGAACUCCGGAACAAAUUAAGUACGUAACCAGAGGUACCACUGUAUCAAUCAAUUUUUUAAUUAUUGGAUCUUUUUUAUCUCCUAAUGUUCAGAGUGAUUUAUAGUGCUGUUCUAAGCAAAUCUGUAAGGUGGCCCAUACUUCCAAUUUGCAGAUGGGACAAUAAAGUCUGGAAAAUGACAGCUUAUCCAGGGUUCCUUUUAGCACGCUAGCGCGCGCACACACACACACACACACACACACACACACACAGGGUUAAACCCCAAGCACCGUAGUCCCAAUUGGUGUUGGUGUGUCCCUGCUCCUAAUGUUUCUGGUUUUAAUACAACUACCAGUGAUACAACUAGCAUCACGUGUAGCUUGGUCCUUAAUUCUAUGGUUUGCAGGCUUAACCACAUUGUGGAGGCUCGCUUCUAUCUGCAGUAUCACUGCUUGGAGGUUGCGGGAUGCCUUUGCGGGUCUUUGCUUCCUGAGGCAUUUUGAAGUCAGAGCCAUAAGGGCUGUGUUGCAAACGUUUUUGUGUUAAGCGUAAAAAUAAAGCUCACUCUUCUCCCCUCCCUUUUCCAAACAGGUUGACUGCAAUGCUAAACUUGACCCAACAAAGACCACACUCUUAAAGGUAAUAAACAUAAGCACUUUUCUCCAGAAUCAGAGGAGUUCAUGUUUUCUAGAGUAUUUAAACACAGUGACUGCUGCUUGUUGGCAAGUGUCUUGCUUAGACAGGGAAUGUUGUAGAUAACAGCUGUAAAAAAAUCACUGUCUGUAGGGCACUGUCUGUAAGUUGCAGUGGCAUUAAGGCCCCACCCCUUGCUCUACUAUAGCCAGAAUGGCUGGCCUAUAUUUUUGUACAUGCAUUAGGACAGUAAGCAUUGUUAGACAUCAGAAAAUAAUGCUACCAGUACUAUAUUCAGAAACUCAUUCCAUAAUGGAUUUUAAUCCUGCCAGUAGUUAGUUUCAGAAGGUCAUAUAAUGAACUCCAGCAGUUCAUCUCCUCCCAUUGUUGCCUCCUGGCUGGUGAGAAGAUAUAUCUGUACCAUGCCAAAGAUGGUGAAAAUAGCUUAAGUCCUUGGCCCUUGAUGGAGUUUUUCCAGUGUUUGACAGUUUGGUCAUUUGAAUGUCCUGUAUCGUAUAGUAAUGCCGUUGUGUAAUUCAAACCAUUUAAUCAGCAGCAGGGGUGGGGAGCCUGUGGCCCUCCAGAAGUUGUUGGACUUGAAACUCCCAUCAGUUGCAACCCGUGUGACCAAUGGGUCAGGUGAUGGGAGUUGUAGUUGAACAUCUGAGAGAUCAGAUAUUAGAGACCCCUGUUUUAAAGCCUUUCUUCAUCUAAAGACUGCCCAGUGUGAGAUCUGUCUAUAUCAAUAUUGUCAAAUCAAAAAGUCUGAACUGAGAGAUUGGUAAUCCUGGCUGCCUCUUUCAUCAUCUGUAACAUCAUUAGUUUACCCGAAGAUACUGAUUUUUAUUUGCAAGCAAACCAGUUUUUACCUGCAUUGGCAUUUCCUUGUUGGACUUCUGGUGAGGAACUGAGAAAUAGUGGUCUCCACUAGAUGCUUCCAUCCUCUUUUUAUGAGAACGUAUAAGUGUGCUGAAUUUCAGUUACCCCAGGAUUGGACACAUUGUAAAUUUAAUCUGUCUCCAAUUUAUGUCUGCAUUCUGGUUACUAUUAGGGAAAGUAGCACGUGACACUGCCUUGUGUGAGGUAGUUUAGUUGCAUGAGGUCAUUUUGUGUCUAGCUGCUCACUGAGGAAUUUGUUAUCAUUUAAUGUGCAUAUCCUUCACUUUCAGCACACUCCCAUCCCAUGUUCCCAUCCAGUCCAGAAAUAAAUAAAAACAACAUGUACACUCUAAAACAGUCUGUUAAGCAGUAAUGUGCAGAAUCUGCUUCUGGACAAGGUGAAUUACUUCCUCACCAGAAGCAAGGUAGCCUUGUGCAUGAUGAGCCCUGACCUCUUGGUUUCUGUGGGAUUGCACAGCUGAGUUGCAGUGCCCUUGUUAGUAAAAGCUGAGCAUCUCAUUCUUGAUGAAGAGCAAGUUUAUUGGUCAACAACAUUCAGGGGAUGAUCCCCUCCCUGAGGUUACAGAUUAAUGUUAUGCUCCCAGAACAGCCAAGGGAUUUAACAUGCUUGUCACUAAUCUACAAAAGGACACUGUGGCAUCUGUACCACAGUGAAACACUGUUCUAAUUAUAAAGGCCUUUUUAAAAAAAAGUCUGGCUGAUUCUAAUUUGGUAUGUCUUUGCAAAAAGCCUAAACUCUUCCUGUGUACACGCUCUGGCAUCUGCACAUCUCCUGCCCUUUCCAUCGACAUCUUGCACAAGCAUUAUCCCAAGAAGGCUAUUGCAUCCUCCUCAAAACAGAAGCACGUUGCCCCCAAAUGAAAUCGGAAGUUGUGCUUUUCUUAUGUGAAACUCCUUUUCACACAUGUCAAUACAAAAGUAUGAGUCUUAAGCAGGGUGGAUUUGAUUUAAAACACUAGUCAGUAAGACUUGAUUUAAAUCAUUUGUUUACAGAAAGGUUCAACCUUGCUGGCAUCCUCUUAAUAUUUACAACCAGAGGAAGGUUUCGUUUUUGGAAUAAUAAAUUUCCAGAGUAGUUUUUACAGCUACAUCAAAAAUGACUGAUUUGAUUAUACUAUCAGAAAUACAUAGACAGAUAAUUAUGAAAUUAUUGUUUAUAUUUGGAUAACUUUUCUGCUGUACUUUAUUGGAAGGAGAAAAAUAAUCAUUUCCUUAAUAAUUUAAACAAUUUAUUUAACUAAAACAAUAACAUUAUAGCAUAUGUAUCCAUGUUUGUUAACCAAAGUGGUUAAACAAUUAAAAAAAACUUAGACUGAGUUUUAGCACACAUGAAAAACUUUAAACAAAUCAUUAUUUCCUGAUGAAUAGCCUUUGGACUAUAAUGUCACUUAAAUAGAAAACUAUCUUUAGAAAGAUUUUGCCUCCUAAAGCAUUUUAUUUUUAAAAUCUGAUUUAAAUUUUUAAAAAUCAAUUAAAAAAAACACACAUUGAUUUUUAUCCUCCCUAGUCUUAGGUGCUACUGGGGGGUUGGAGGGAAUUUGUGAGUAGAUUGUAGAUCUGGUAUAACAAAAUAGGAUUCUUUAAUAAGUAACUCCUCAAAACAAAAAGAACCCGCAUUUAGACAUAUAUUUUAAUCUCACUCUUAGGUGAAAGAUAUAUAAAUGUUCUAAGGCAUUUAAGACAUUGUAUUUGUGGGGUUGGUGAGGUAAGAAUAUCUCCCCCAUAAUAUACUCCAUUGUCAGCUCUAUCAAAACCCCAAAAAGAGAUUUUUGGAACAGAUGCUGGCACCGCUACUGGGACAGAAACCUGAAGUGAAAAUAUGUUGGCUAUUAUCUGACUGUGAUCCGCAUGUCACAUACGAAACAGCCCUAUUUCCUAAAGCUGCUAAAAGUAUUGGUGCUAGCUGUAUAAAAGACAAUGCUGUAAACUGUGCAGGUGAUAAAUUAAUUUGACCUAUUGUAAAUGGAUGUAUAUCUCUGCAUUUUGUUUAACAGGUUUUAAUUGACUUGCUGGAUCUGUAACUGAAUGUGUAAUGGCUUUUAGUCAAACACAAUAAAUGAUUGGUUGAUACUUUUAUUCAUUUUUGCAGAUGGCUGACUGUGGUGGUCUUCCUCAGGUUUCUCAGGUAAGAUUUUACUGAACAGAAUGCAUGCUGGGGUGGGGAAGUCCAGAAUGUUUGAAGGUGUGGGGAACACAAUGACAAGAGUGAAAUCACACUCUGCUGUGAAUUAAAACCUAGUAUUACUGGUUUGGCCUUGAGUACUAUAGCUUUGCAGUGAUGGGUUUCUUAGAGACCCUGUUACAGAAUGCCAAACUCUGUUUGCAACCCCUUUCUAAAAUAUACAUCCUUUCUAAAAUGCUUCCAUGGUAGCCCUGCCCUCCAUAUGGUGGUCCCCACCCUCUCAAUAAAAGAUCACCAUAGAUACAUUGCACUUCUCUCUACACACAUAAAAACCUCCAGUCUUCUUGCUCAGUUAUGUGUACCCACUAGCAGGAGUUUUAACAAGCACACGCUUUUUAAAGAAAAUUGGCUUCCGGCCUAGCAGUGAUACCAUGCCAUAGUAGCAUUUUCAAAUUUCCAUGGCUUACUGUAACUGGAAGAUUGGAGUCCAAAACUGAAAACAGUUUGCCAUUGGUAACUUGCAACUUUUUAAAAAAUGUGGUAUUUUCUUUUAACAGCCUGCAAAGCUCGCUGAAGCUUUCAAGUACUUCAUACAGGGCAUGGGAUACAGUAAGUACACGUUUGUUUCGAAAUAAAUGUGCAGUGUCCUUUUAAGCUGCCAUACUAAACAGAUCUCUCUUGUUGGCGAAAGUUAUGUUCUAGAAUUGUUGGGUUUUUAAAUGUACAAGUUUGGGUGCAUUGGUAUUGGACUCCCUUAAAGGGAUAUCAGCUUUGUCCCAAACUGGAGCAGCACAUUAGCCAUGUUCAGGUGUUUAUGGUGAACAUUACUGUAUUUUAAUAUUUUGUUGGAAGCUGCCCAGAGUUGGGGAAGCCCAGCCAGAUGGGCGGGGUAUAAAUAAUAAAUUAUUAUUAUUAUUAUAUACAUUUGGGGAGAUGGAAUGUACACAAGCUUCACCACUCACAUCCCUACAAGUGCCUGCUUGGCUUAGACCUUCCGAUAUCAAGCGGAAAGGUCUGAAGGGGAGUUCUAAGUACGUUGUGGUCAACACACUUUGAAUCCGCCUCAUGAUUGUCCUAUUCAGAACUCCCAGCCUUGCUUCUUGAUUUUGAUUUACUUUGUGAAUUAGGUGAGACUGAGAGGCAGUGACUGGCUACAGGUCACCCAGCAAGCUUCAUGGCUGAGUUGUACUCAGUAGUCCAGCACCCUAACUACCACACCACACUGCCUCACAUAUGCAUCACACACACACAAAUACAUCCCAGUGCCACUUUUGACCUCAGCACUGUGGUUUAGGCUUUCAAACCUCCCUUCUUAACCCACUUUCUGCUGCAAUCCAUUUUUGUUCCUAGGCACCUGGGCCAAUUUCCCCUCAAAUCUUCCUUCAGGGUCUUGUUCCUUGACUUGGCUGUGUAAAGGUAAAGGUACCCCUGCCAGUACGGGCCAGUCGUGACCGACUCUAGGGUUGCGCGCUCAUCUCGCUCAAGAGGCCGGGAGCUGGCACCGUCCGAAGACACUUCCGGGUCACGUGGCCAGCGUGACGAAGCUGCAACUGGCGAGCCAGCACCAGCGCAGCACACGGAAACGCCGUUUACCUUCCCGCUAUAAAGCGGUACCUAUUUAUCUACUUGCACUUAGGGGUGCUUUCGAACUGCUAGGUGGGCAGGAGCUGGGACCGAACAACGGGAGCUCACCCCGCCGCGAGGAUUCGAACUGCCGAUCUUACGAUCAGCAAGUCCUAGGCACUGAGGUUUUACCCACAGCGCCACCCGCGUCCCACAGCGCCACCCGCGACUUGGCUGUGUGCUUUCCUUAAACUCUUUCAUGCAAGCACAUCUUCCUUCCCUGAUGUAUCUUAUUAAUAGUCUAUAAAUAUUCUGUAUCUUUCUCCCUUAUGGAACGCUGGUGGCACUGUGGGAUAAACCACAGAGCCUAGGACUUGCUGAUCAGAAGGUCAGCAGUUCGAAUCCCUGCAACGGGGUGGGCUCCCGUUGUUUGGUCCCAGCUCCUGCCAACCUAGCAGUUCGAAAGCAUGUCAAAGUGCAAGUAGAUAAAUAGGUACCUCUCCGGCAGGAAGGUAAACGGUGUUUCCGUGCGCUGCUCUGGUUCGUCAGAAGCGGCUUAGUCAUGCUGGCCACAUGACCUGGAAGCUGUACGCCAGCUCCCUUGGCCAAUAAAGCAAGAUGAGUGCCGCAACCCCAGAGUUGGUCACGACUGGACAUAAUGGUCAGGGGUCCCUUUACCUUAUCUUUCUCCCACCCCUUGGAUUACAUGCACAUCCAUAUCUAAUUUUAUGUCUUGUGUGUUGCCUAUUCUGGUCACUGAUCCUCAUAAUUUGCAUUAACCAAUACAGGAGGACUUUAAAAAAAAAAAUCUUCACCCGUCACUUGCAUUUCCUUUGCAGUGCCUUCUGCAAGCAUGACCAGACUGAUGAGAUCCCGCACAGCAUCUGGUUCCAGUGUCUCCUCCCUCGAAGGGGGCAGGAGCAGGUCCCACACUGGCGAAGGAAACCGCAGCAGAGCCCACACUGGCGAGGGUGCCAGGAGCAGGUCCCACACUGGCGAUAACGUCCGGAGUCGUGCUCACACUGACACUCACAUUGAGCUCACUCCCAACUCUGCAAACAACACUGAGCAGCCCAGCCCCAAGUCGAUGGAAGUUUCUUGUUAAAUGAAAGGGGCUUGAAUUGGAAGUGAGACCUAACCACCACCUACUGUGUAUCUUGAUACUUAACCUAAAGUGUUUUCUGUAACACAUGACUCUGUCCCCCACCUAGAGUUCAGCAGGGACCAAUAAAGCAGGCAUCUCAAGUUUCUCUGUUCCCUUAACAGAGGUUGCUGCUAUUCUGUUCUCCAACUAAUUCUAGAUUGCUUUAAAACUUGUCCAGUGGUGAAGCUAACAGCAUUUGAUCACCAAGAUUGAAACCUAAGCUACCUAGGAUCUUGUUCAGAAACAAAGCCUUUGAAGAUGAUCCAUCUCUUGCCCCCCCUCCCUUUUUUACACUAUUAAAAAAAGCCCUUUCCCAAUGUGAUUUUAAAUAAUUUGCUUUGGGGAAAACAAUGCAUGACUGGAGACUUUUAGAAAAAGUCUGAAAGUCAGGUUGAAGGUGGAUUUACUCAAAUCUGUACAUAUUAAUCGAAUGAGAUUUUGUGUCUGGCCUUGUGAGUAGUGUUCAAGGCCUGUUUUCCUACAUGAUUAUAUAUAUAUAUAUAUAAUUAAAAUAGGGAAUGUAUUGCAAUUUCAGGCAAACAAAAUCUUAAGCCUUCAUGCUAUUUAGUGGCAGUCUUUCUCCUUUUAGAACUAAAACUGCUUGAGCAAGUAAAGGCCAAGGUUCAAAUUAUUGUCAAAAGCAUGCCAGCACUUGGUCUUACGUUUUGGACCUCAAAAGGAUGUUUGGAGAUGACAAAAUCAGUUGGCCUUGUGGCCACUUAGGGCAAUGUGUGUGGUGGUUGGGGGACCAGCAGUAAAUUGACUUAGAAGGUGGAAAAGUUAUGUAAUGAUUAUAAAGUGCUCUGUAGUCAGCUGCCAGGUUGGUCAGCCCCUUACCAUUUCAGGAUUAAGACCUAGUGUUGGAUGAAUACUUUCCACACUAUUCAUGAGCGAGAAGUGCAUGACUGCAAUGGAGAUUUUGAUGACUGUGAAUGUAGAGGUGUAUUGAUUCUGCAGCCUGUCCUGAUGUCUGCAGAGCUGUAUUUUGGGGAGCAGUGGGCAUCGCAACAGAUUUCCAGCAUAGAAUGGUUCUUGUUUUUUACAGAUUAUUUUUCACUGGCUUUCUAUUUGCUACUUCACAAUUUGUAAUAUGGCUCAUGAUUUUGGGGUAUCAAGCAUUUAAAACGUCAAGCAUCUCUACACCUGAAUAUCUUUGGUAUUUCAAAGAGAACUAAGCUCUAGUGUAGGCAAAUCACCUAUUUUUAAAAUGACAACUGCAGAGUUUCUUAGGUGGUUCACGGAGAGGAGGAACAGAUGGUAAUUGAGAGGUGAAACUUGUCUAUUUCAGAAAAGUUUAUUAAUGAAUUAUUUGUAUUUAUUUCAAAAAUAAAUUUGUAACUUUGCAGUGGUUUUGCAUCUAUUUUGUGUCCUGAAAAUGAUGGUGAUCUUUGAGAUAAGGAUUAAAAAACCAAUGAGUUUGACUCUCC